GCAGCAGCUCGAGGAGGAAGCGGUAGUUGCCGUGUUUCCUGUACAACGGGGAGCUGAUUUCACACACACACAGAGAGAGAGAGAGAGAGAGACUGAGACUGACUGGGUGGGGACUCGCAUCUGAGGCUCAGCUCAGCUCUCUAGCGAUCCAGCUGUUGCUGCUACUCCCGGCUCUGGGACUCAGGAAAGGAGGGGGGCAUUUUGCUUCUGACCACAUCUGGAUCCAGGAGGGGAGGAGACGGACUCCGCUGUGCGCUCCGGUUUGUGAAAUCUUCAUCCAGGUAAAGGAGAGGGCGAAAGCCCACUAAACGUGCUCGGGGGGGGGGGGUGUCUCUAUCCCUUUUUUCCCUGGGCUGUAGGUUUUCUUCCUUUUUCUCCAACACGAUGGUUAAGGGGCAGCCUCGUUUCCUAUGCAUGCAUCUGAUCGAUCGAUCGAUCUCUCCAAUUUCCCACCUUUGGGUUUGUGGCGCCUCCAGGCGCAAACGGGGUUUUCACAAGGGACUGGGGUGGGCUGACAAAUCCUUGCAAGCAAAAUAUGAUCCUCCGUUUGGGGAAGGGAUCUUGCAAGCGGGGAAUGUGUCGAGGGAGGGAGUCUAAUAACACGUCUCUCCCCGCCAGUGCAAGAGAAAUUGAUGGGAAUGUGGGUGGUGGUGUUUUUUCAUUCAGCCAGAGAACAAAACACACAAACACACACACACACUUUACGCCUCAAAGACUCUUUGCAAAAACUGCAUUUAAUUUAAUUUGGCGUCACUCCGGAGUGGUUGCAUCGCCAGCUCUCUGCCUAAUUUGUAAUGCACGUGAAUUAUUAUAUAUAUAUUUUUAAAAAACACCCUCCCCUCCUUUCUGCGAGGGAUCUUCCUGGGUGGGCGAGGGACCCCUUCCCACCUGGAUCUGUUUGCAAUCUCUUUGUUCGGAGCAAGUAGCGUUUUCUGGCAUGCCUGGACUCCCCUCCCAUGUCUCAUGCUGGGGAUGAUGUUGAUCCGGAGAGUCUUGUCUGUCUGAUUCAGAUACUGAAACUCAUCGCAAGCAUUGGGAUCCCACCCAAUAUGUGUAUAUAUUAAAUCCUUCUGUUCGGCUUUGUUUAAAGUUGUUUCCUCCUUCUCCAGCUGGCAAAGCUGUCUUUUUCAAUUCUUUUAAGUUGGGGGGAGAGGAAAAUCUGCGUAUUGGCUCCUUCUUCUGGAAAUAUUUCUCUUGUGUUAGCAGCUUUUUAAAUUUUAUUUUUAGGCAGUGGUAGGUGGUAUUACUGCUCUGAUGGCAAACGGGUGGGCAGGAAAGCUGGCGAGGGUGGGCAGCUGUGUUCUGCUGGCAGCGUGCACGAAGGCAAGAUUGCCAAACUGCCGAGAGAAAGACUCUGGUGUUUAUUUUUUUUUAAGAUGGGUGGAUGGAUGGACAGAUAAGCAUUAAAACUGGGUGGGCAGAUUGAAUGGGCAGUCUGACUCAGGGCAAACCAGCCCAGCCUACUCUUUUACCCCUCACCUCCACCCCACCAGACCAUUCAUAAAAUGACCUGGGAUGGGGACUCUACAGGAUGUUGACAUUGUGGAAGAAGCCCAAGCCUUGCAAAAGGGUGAGUGGCCAUUGACAAAGCAGGUCAUGCCACAGGGUCCAGCCUCUGGGAACAAAGACUGAAUUUAGAAGACUUUGGCCUGCCUGCUAAUCCUGGAUGAAUGAGAUCUGGCCUUUCUCCUGCCUUUCAUUUUUUUUAAAUCAUUUUUUUAAAAAAAGAACAAAAACUGGAGAUCAGCUUUUCAAGCAGCUCCACCACAAAUAUAUGCACACACACACACACACACACACACACACACACCAUCAUCCUAUAGAACAAGGCAGAACAGUCCAAACUUCACCUUUCUACUCCUUUUUCUUAAAAAGGAGGGUUGGGGAGAGAUUAAUUCUUAGGUGGGUGUAGAGUAGAAGAUGGUUGAACCCAGGUCUCUGAGAUGGGGAAACGCUUUGAAUUCUGGUUUCGUAAGGGGCAGAGAUCUAAGAAGGAAGAAGCAACUGCAGGGAAAAGAGAAGUGAGCUCUAGCAAAAUAAGCAUCUUUUGUUUUGAAUGCUGAGAACUCAGCUUUGCAGAGGUGAGGCAGGGCAGGAAGAGGGGAGGCAGAUAUUGUGACUCUCAAGAUCGGAGGCAGAGAUGGGAGUGGGAGGGAAGAAACUCGGGUGCAGAUUCAACCCCCACGUUUAUGAGGCAAUUAAAAAAUGACACCCCCUCCGCCUCGUUUGCCGCCCCCCAUUAAUUUUGCGCUAAUUGACUGUUACAACCCAUAAAGCUCAAUGGUCCUUAGCCUCUCCGCUCCCAAGUUCAUCCCAAGACAAAGAUACCUGUUGUCUCUUAGGAGGAGAGUUUUAUUAGGGCCUUGGAAGGGGGGCGGUCUCUGCUUUAUUUAAAAAGAGCCUGGGAACCCUUUUGCUUCUCGGCAAGGAUUGCCUGGCCAGGUUCUCAAACUUGCUGGUCCCGUUGACCUCUCCUUCAGUCCAGCCACCAUCCAAAAGGAACUCAUCAGCUGUUCCCUGGGGGGAAAGACCAGCCUGUUAUUUCAGGGUGCAUGCUCUCCGUGGGGUGGUUUGGCACUGCCAGUUGUCUGCGUGGAUCUCGAAAUGGCCACAUCUGCCUCUUGAUUUCUGAUUUCGCGACGGGAGGUCCUAUACCACACCCAUUCGGCCGCUCCUUCCAUAUUAACCGGAUUUUAUGGAAUCCUCUGAUUCAAAUCCUCUUUUGUGCCAUAUGGCCAUGCAUGGAACUGAAAUGCAAUUGGCUUAAAGAUGAGGUAGAAAGCCACUUGGCUUCUCUGUAUUUCCUCCCCUUUCUGCUUUCCAGAGAUGCUUUGCAUCACCUCGGUGGGCGUGGCGUGCUCUGAAAGCCUCCAUAAUGCAGACAGUGGUAGAGGGUUUUUUUGGUUGGGGGGGGGGAGCGGACAGCUAAGGAAGGCUUGAUAAACAUUUGUAAAAUAUAACUGCUCUGGAGAAAGUAACAACUCUCCACACACCUCUGCUGGUUGCGUCUCAUAGUAAAGAAAAGGUAAAGGACCACGGACGGUUAAGUCCAGUCAAAGGCAACUAGGGGGUUGCAGCGCUCAUCUCGCUUUCAAGCCGAGGGAGCCGGCGUUUGUCCGCAGACACUAUACCUGAAGGAGCGUCUCCACCUCCAUCGUUCUCCUGGACACUGAGGUCCAGCGCCGAAGGCCUUCUGGUAGUUUCCUCACUACGAGAAGCCAAGUUACAGGGAACCAGGCAGAGGGCCUUCUCGGUAGUGGCACCUGCCCUGUGGAACACCCUCCCACCAGAUGUCAAAGAGAAAAAUAACUACCAAACUGUUAGAAGACAUCUGAAGGCAGCCCUGUUUAGGGAAGCUUUUAAUGUUUAAUAGGUUAUUGUGUUUUAGUGUUCUGUUGGAAGCCGCCCAGAGUGGCUGGGGAAACCCAGUCAGAUGGGUGGGGUAUAAAUUAUUAUUACAAUUAUUAUUAUUAUUAUUAUUAUUCCGGGUCAUGUGGCCAGCAGAACUAAACCACUUCGGUGCAAUGGAACACCGUGACAGACACCAGAGCGCAUGGAAACACCGUUUACCUUCCCGCCGGAGUAGUACCUAUUUAUCUAUUUUCACUGGUGUGUUUUGGAACUGCUAGGUUGGCAGGAGCUGGGACAGAGUAACGGGAGCUCACCCCGUCACGGGGAUUCGAACCGCCGACCUUCUGAUCGGCAAGCCCAAGAGGCUCAGUGGUUUAGACCACAGUGCCACCCAUGUCCCUGCUUCUCAUAGUAAUUCAUGUUGGGAUGGCCCAAUUGAUGGGCCCCCAAAGUGCCCACAUGACGGGGUAAUGACAAGGAUUUGAAAAGCUGUAGGUCUGUGAUAGAGCAUCCGCUUUGCAGGCAGGAGGUCCCAAGUUAAUUCCCCAACUUCUCCAGGUUGGGCUGGGAGAAUAAACCAAGGGAAACUGCUGCCAGCCCGUGUAGGCAAUGCUGGUUAAGAUGGGCCAGUGAUAUAAGGCAUGUCCCUUAUGGGGAUCAAACCUGCAACCUUGGCGUUUAUCAGCAUCAGGCUCUAACCAACUGAGCCAAUUUUAUUCUAAUCCUAAAAGAGGAUUAGCUAUGAAUCCAUGGAAGUGGGAAGAUCUACCAAAAAAAAACAACAAAUCUCCCGAACUGAGUGGGCCUAUGUGGAAACUUUUAUUGAGCACAACAGCGCUGGAUUGGUUCACUGAGGUCACCUGAUUUCCUGGACCAGGAGGAUUCUGGGUUGUGGUAGUAGAACCCCAACUUGAGGUCUCCAACUGGUGGCCUUGCGGACAUCUGGAGUAGAGGAGUGGUCUUGGGUUGACUACAACUCCCAUCAUCCACAUCCAGCUUAGCCAGUGGUCAGGACUGAUGGGUGUUGUAGUCCCAACAACAUUUGGAGGGCACCAGGUUGGAGAGCGAUGGGAGAGAGCCUUGGCAUGUAGCUUCCAGGGCUUCUGGUUCUGAUCUCCCCCUGGGCAGAUGCUGGAACAGAUUUUCUAAGUAGUGGCUUGCUAAUCUACUGAUAUGCGUCUUGUGGAAGUCCUAUACAGAACCUGUUUUGCGGGCAGAAGGUCCCGGGGGUCAGUCGCUUGCGUCUCCCGUUAAAAGCAUCUGCAGCUGAGGGCGGGAAAUGUCUGCUCCUCUGCCCAAGGCCCUGGAGACCUGCUGCUGGCAGUCCGAGUGGGCAAUAGUGGGCUUGUCUACCUAAUGUAAGGAAGCUUUUUGUGUGAAUCACCAUGUUAGAAGCUAAAAUGGGAACAGGCUUGUGCCUGUAGCCCCUGAUUCAAUGCUGUUCCUGCGUAUCAUUUCCAUAGCUCUCUUAAUUUGCUAAGUGCUGUGUGGGCCUUACAGCUUCAUGGGGUGGUCCAGCGGUCUGACUCAGUACGGAUGUUUGGGGGGAAGUGACCCAGCUCAGCAGGAAGAGGUUCGAUCCUCCAGGUAGGGAUGGGAACGACCCCCCUGCCUGAAACCACAGGGCAUCACACCCACAGCGCCACCCGAGUCCCUUCCAACAUAUUGUUGUUGUUGUUGUUUAGUCGUUUAGUCAUGUCGGACUCUUUGUGACCCCCUGGACCAGAGCACGCCAGGCACUUCUGUCUUCCACUGCCUCCCACAGUUUGGUCAAACUCAUGCUGGUAGCUUCGAGAACACUGUCCCACCAUCUCGUCCGCUGUCGCCCCCUUCUCCUUGUGCCCUCCAUCUUCCCAACAUCAGGGUCUUUUCCAGGGAAUCUUCUCUUCUCAUGAGGUGGCCAAAGUAUUGGAGCCUCAGCUUCAGGAUCUGUCCUUCCAGGGAGCACUCAGGGCUGAUUUCCUUCAGAAUGGAUAGGUUGGAUCUUCUUGCAGUCCAUGGGACUCUCAAGAGUCUCCUCCAGCACCAGAAUUCAAAAGCAUCAGCCUUUUCAGAAAUUGACAGGCGAGCGAAGGGAUUUCCUUCAGACGCUGCUCAAAAGGCCACACCUGCUCUGCCGGCCAACGCACUCUUGGAGGAGAGUCUAGACGAGCGCAGAAUGGAGAGGGUCCCACAAAGACAACUGUGGCUCUGGCAGGGAAGCCAGAAAGCAGAGGGCCAUUGCAGACCUGGUCAAGAGCGUCACGCGCUUGACGUCUUGGAGGAGGCUGAGAUGUGGAAGUCAGGAUUAAGCCCCUGAUAUUGAAAGAGAAAGUUGGUUUACAUCGGAAGCAGUAGAAACACACGCCAGCGACGAGGCCCUGUUGCCCCUGGAUAAUAAUAAAGGGUUGUGCCCAAUGAUGUUUCUCUUCUUCUGCCUGCACAGUGGGACUUCCUCUCCCCCUAUGCCUCCCCCAAAUGUGUACUGGGGUUCCCCCAACCCUUUGGAGCAAAAUUGGGAGAGAUAAAGCAAACAUGCAAGAGAAGGAAGAGGAAGUCCUGUGGUCUGCGCAGAACAUCCUUUUGCUAAUGGGGUGACUUCGUUGCAUCCAGCCGUGUUCUGAGCAGAUGACACAACACUGAUGGCAGAAAGUGAGGAGGAAUUAAAAGAACCUUUUAAUGAGGGUGAAAGAGGAGAGCGCAAAAUAUGGUCUGAAGCUCAACAUCAAAAAACGAAGUUCAUGGCCACUGGGCCCAUCACCUCCUGGCAAAUAGAAGGGGAAGAAAUGGAGGCAGUGAGAAAUUUCACUUUCUUGGGCUCCAUGAUCACCACAGAUGGUGACAGCAGCCACAAAAUUAAAAGAUGCCUGCUUCUUGGGAGAAAGGCAAUGACAAACCUAGACAGCAUCUUAAAAAGCAGAAACAUCACCUUGCCAACAAAGGUCUGUCUAGUUCAAGCUAUGGUUUUCCCAGUAGUGAUGUAUGGAAGUGAGAGCUGGACCAUAAAGAAGGCUGAUCGCUGAAGAAUUGAUGCUUUUGAAUUCUGGUGCUGGAGGAGACUCUUGAGACUGCAAGAAGAUCCAACCUCUCCAUUCUGAAGGAAAUCAGCCCUGAGUGCUCCCUGGAAGGACAGAUCGUGAAGCUGAGGCUCCAAUACUUUGGCCACCUCAUGAGAAGAGAAGACUCCUGGAAAAGACCCUGAUGUUGGGAAAGAUGGAGGGCACAAGGAGAAGGGGACGACAGAGGACGAGAUGGUUGGACAGUGUUCUCGAAGCUACCAGCAUGAGUUUGACCAAACUGCGGGAGGCAGUGGAAGACAGGAGUGCCUGGCGUGCUCUGAUCCAGGGGGUCACAAAGAGUCGGACACGCCUAAAUGACUAAACAAAUGCUAGUCCUAUGCGUUGAGAAUAUAAGAGGAGCCAGCAGGAUCAGGCCAGUGUCCCACCUAGUCCAGCAUCCUGUUCUCCCAGUGGCCAACCAGUGGGAAAUUGGGAAGCAGAAUUCGAACAUAAGAGCAACUCUCCCCUCCAGUGGUUUUCCGCAACUGGGAUUUAGUAGUAUUGCUGCCUCCAUCUGUGGAAGCAGAACACAGUCAUUGACUUCAGUGGGUCUACUCUGAGUAGGACUAGCAUUGCAUACCACCUGAUAUCUCUAGAAAAUAUCACCACCGUGACUUAUGAACUAAUCACCUUCUAUGCAUGUCCCAAGGCGACUGACGAACCCGCAAUCUAAAACCCCGCUAAAAAUAGUUUUGAAAACAGAAGAAAGCAACAACUAAACUAUAGGUUUAAAGCCGUGCAAAAUGAACACCUUAAGUCGGAGACCUUUUCAUCCUGGAAAAGCUUGUCAAAGCGGAAAAAAGGUCUUCCAUUGUUUCCGGAAAAUGCAGACAGCACCCGGCUGUCGUAGCUCAACAGGGUUAGAUGAGCGAGAUCGGAACUCAGGGCAGCAAUUAGCAGGGAAGGAAAUUAUCCGCAGGUGCUCAGAAGACACAACGCGGCAUGAAAAUGCCCAGUUUUCAGAUGUCCACGUCAGUGUCUGCCCUGAAAACAGCCUGCAAAUUGUGCAACGGCCGUCUUUCCAGUCUUCCACUAGGUCCGUGGUUCUUGAACUUUUUUUGGUGCCAUGAACUCAACUCAAAACUAUAAAAAGCAUUAUAGAAGAAGAAGAAGAAGAAGAAGAAGAAGAAGAAGAAGAAGAAGAAGAAGAAGAAUUUAUACCCCGCCUCCCCGGCCAGAACUGGGCUCACGGUGGCUAACACAAAUAAAAUUACAAUAAAAUGUAAAAGGAAAGGAAAAAACAGUUAAUUAAAAUACAGGUUAAAAUAUGGGUUAAAAUACCAUUUUAAAUGAAGCCUCAUUUUAGUAGCAGCCCAUAAAUCAAAACCUAAAGGGGAGGGAAACACAAGGGUCAGACUGAGUCCAAACCAAAGGCCUGGCAGAACAGCUCCGUCUUGCAGGCCCUACGGAAAGAUGUCAAAUCCCGCAGGGCCCUGGUCUCUUGUGACAGAGCGUUCCACCACGUCGGGGCCAGUACUGAAAAGGCCCUGGCCCUAGUUGAGAUAACUAAAGAACUACUAGACUGUAAUCGAUAAAAAUAACAGCCAAGUGACAACCCAUAAAACAAUAUAUAAAAGACCAUGCAAAAAGACUGAACUGAGCAACCAAGUCACAUAGCAGAAUAUAAUAUCUGGAUUUUCAAUCUUGUAUCUUUUCCCCCAUCUCUGUUCCAAAAGAGUAUGUGUCACUGAGUGCUGGCACUAUUUUCGCCCCCGAGGCUGGUUAUAAUGGGAUCUUUCUAACAGCACACAGUUUUCUGUAUCAUCAAGUUCCUCCAUGCCAGGGCUGGGGCUGCUGGAUCUCUGCUCCAUUGUUCCUUGUGAAAUCAGCGUCAUUUAAGGAGGGGGGAAAAAUCUCAUUUCUGUUUCUGCAAGUGGUGGCUCUCUUCAGAGGGACAGGGAGUUGGCAAACAGAUGCUAUUCAAAGUAUGUUCUCUUGGAUCUAAGAAAGCAAAAACAUAAAUGAAUUUUGUGGGGCUCGAUGGGUCAUCGGUCUGAUUCAAUUUAUUGUAGUUAUGUGAACCACCCGAUAGUGUGUUGCAGAUCACUCUUAGAGAAUCACCUGUCAUUUUUUUUUUAAUCACAAGUACAGGCCCUUCCCUGUGUCCCUAUUUUUCCAGGGACAGUCCCGGAUUUACAGACGCCAUCCCUGUUUCUAAUUUGUGCUUAUCCUUAGGACAUAGGGACGCAGGUGGCGCUGUGGGUUAAACCACAGAGCCUAAGACUUGCUGAUCUGAAGGUCGGUGGUUCGAAUCCCCACGACGGGGUGAGCUCCCGUUGCUCGGUCCCAGCUCCUGCCUACCUAGCAGUUCAAAAGCACGUCAAAGUGCAAGUAGAUAAAUAGGUACCGCUCCAACGGGAAGGUAAACGGUGUUUCCGUGCGCUACUCUGGUUCACCAGAAGCGGCUUAGUCAUGCUGGCCACAUGACCCGGAAGCUGUACGCCGGCUCCCUCGGCUAGUAAAGCGAGAUGAGCGCCGCAACCCCAGAGUCGGUCACGACUGGACCUAAUAGGUCCUUUACUUAUCCUUAGGACAGGGGUAGGAAAACUAAGGCCCAGGGGCCGGAUCCGGCUCAAUCGCCUUCUCAAUCCGGCCCGCGGUCAGUCCAGGAAUCAGCAUGUUUUUACACGAGUAGAUUGUGUGCUUUUAUUUAAAAUGCAUCUCUGGGUUAUUUGUGGGCCACAGGAAUACAUUCAUUUUUUUCCUCCAAAAUAUAGUCCGGCCCCCCACGAGGUCUGAGGGGCAGUGGACCGGCCCCCUGCUGAAAAGGUUUGCUGACCCCUGCCUUAGGACAUCCCUAUUUUCAUCGGAGAAAUGUUGGAGGGUGUGGAGUUAUGUGACGCCUGAGAUAAAAAGAGACAGCCUUUAGAAGACAUCUGAAGGCAGCCCUGAACAGGGAAGUUUUUUAAAUGUUUAAUGGUUUAUUAUGUUUUUAUCUAUUUUGGAAGCUGCCCAGAGUGGCUGGGGAAACCCAGUCAGAUGGGUGGGGUAUAAACAAAUUAUUAUUAUUGUUAAAUUAUUAUUAUUAUUAUUAUUAUUAUUAACAUUCCUAUUUUCAUCAGAGAAAUGUUGCAAGUUAUGCAAUUGCAGCUAAUUUUAAGACUUAUUCACAACUUCCUUCCAUUUACCUUUGCCUGGAAAGAACGGUGCAAAAGUUAAGUUUGGAUAAGUCCUUAGUUUCACCCUUUCAACUUUCUAGAUAAAUAGCUCUACGCUAGAGCAGUAUAUCAUGGAACUGGCCAGAGGGGAGCUGACACUGGAUUCCAUCUUAAGUGAUGCCCAGUAAAUGUUACUGACCCGAGCAGGAACAGUGACUAUAACCCUAUCACAUUCAAUAUAUAGAAGCAUAGAAUUGUAGAAGUGGAAGGGACCACGAGGGUCAUCUAGUCCAGCCCAUGUGGAACUCGAACCCACAACCCUGAGAUUAAGAGUCUCGUGCUCUGUAUCUGCAAAUAGACAGUUGCCAAGAAAGUCCAACAGAGUCACAUUUGACGUCAGGAGGAGAAACUUCCCAGAAAUGAAGGGAGUGGGAAAGAGGAAGUUGAAAAGAAAAGACGAAAGUAGUUAAAUCUCUCCAGAGGGCUGGAGGGCUAUUCAGUUAUAAUUGAAUUAAUUAUUUCCAUCUGUCUACACAAUGGAAGAUGCAGGGCGGAUUCCUGUAUCCGAGCAAACUUUCGCAGGAAGCAAGUCUGAGCAACUGAGGUCAUGAUAUCAGGCAAAGUUCUGGGCCUUAUUGACAAAUGAAAAACAAACUAUCAGGUUCGGUUGGGAUCAAUCCGAGAGGUCAUAAAGAACUCAGAAGUGAAAUUGCUUCCAAAAAAGUAAAGUGACUAUUCCCUAAUUUCAGCUUCCAUGUCUGAGGAAUGGAAAACAUGUAACAGCAGUUACCGUAUUUUUCGCUCUAUAAGAUGCACCAGACCACAAGACACACCUAGUUUUUGGAGGAGGAAAACAAGAAAAAAAAUAUUCUGAAUCUCAGAAGCCAGAACAGCAAGAGGGAUCGCUGUGCAGUGAAAGCAGCAAUCCCUCUUGCUGUUCUGGCUUCUGGGACAGCUGCGCAGCCUGCAUUCGUUCCAUAAGACGCACACACAUUUCCCCUUACUUUUUAGGAGGGAAAAAGUGAGUCUUAUAGAGCAAAAAAUACGGUAUUUAAAAGGGAUUCAGGAGGUAUCCGGGAAAUUACAGGUUGGUGAGUUUAAUGUCUGUUGCAGGAAAACCCGUGAAUAGCACAAUUAAAGAUAGAUUCCCACGUAUAUAGAAGAAGAAGUCUUGUUGAAGCAGAACCAGCAUUGCUUCUGUAAGGUUAAGACCUGUUGCAUUGGGAAAGGGAUUAGAAAUGAAAGCGUUGCUAUAACAACGCCGUUAUACACAUCUGUGGUGCAGCUGCAUUUGGAAUAACUCACCUCAAAAAGGGUAUUGUAGAGUUGGAAAAGGUUCAGAAAAUGACGGCUCAAAUGUUCAAAGGGAUGGCGAGGAGGAAAGCUUGCAGCAUUUGGGGUUUUUUAGUUUGGAGAGCAGGCAAGUAGAAAUUUAUGAAAUUAUGCAUGGCACAGAGAAAGUGGAUGGAGGAAAGGUUUUUCCUCCCUUUCUCCAAACACUAGGGCUGAAUCUAGACAUAUAUAAAAAAACACUCUGGAAAAAUGUUUUUUAAAAUAUAUUGAAUUUGCCAUUAGCUCACCAUCGCCAUCUAGUGUCACCUUUGUAUAAUGCACUUAAACUGUUAUAUUUGCAGCUGUAGAGCUGAGUCCUAGGGUCCUACAUCCUGGGUCAUUGUACGUGUCGGUGAAGAGCACAUAAGUCUGCCCACCCCAUUAUGCCCCGCCAUGCGCCCUUCCAAGUCCGAAAAAGGCCUGCACAUGCACAGCUGGGCAUUCUUUGAAUGCAUGCGAAACUGGUGUUGCCUGUACAUCUUCACGCAUAGCAGGGAGUUAAAUUAGAAGGAGACAAAGUCAUAAGGCCACGUUGUUCUACCUCAAUAGAAGACUCUCUGCAUCUCCAGAGGUGUUACGCCUUUGAAAACCUUUUCUGGAAGGAACCACAAGCCACCUGAGAACAGGAUGCUGGAUCUGAGGGGCCUUGGGUCUAAUCCAGCCCGACUCUUCUUUUGUUGCUGUGCAGAAUGACAUCCUUCUGUACCAGGUGGCAUGCACACAUUCCAUUCCUGUUGGGACAGGGCUUCUCCUCCUCCUCCUCCUCCUCCUUCUCCUUCUUUGGCAAUCACCUGUAGCUGAGUAAGACUGUCUUCCAUAUACAGUGGUAACUCGGGUUACACACGCUUCAGGUUACAGACUCCACUAACCCAGAAAUAGUGCUUCAGGUUAAGAACUUUGCUUCAGGAUGAGAACAGAAAUCGUGCUCCGGCGGCAUGGCGGCAGCAGGAGGCCCCAUUAGCUAAAGUGGUGCUUCAGGUUAAGAACAGUUUCAGGUUAAGAACGGACCUCCGGAACGAAUUAAGUACUUAACCCGAGGUACCACUGUACACGGUUUUAACAAUGAGCCCGUAAGUGACUGUGGAGGCCAAUUCUGGAUCGACACGUCCUUCCACGGUGGGGACAUUGGUUUCCGGGUGGGAGUUGAUCAUGGUGUGGAUUUGCCAAGCGUGCCUUCCUCUUAGCACAUUUCUCCCUUGCGUCCUGAGUUCGAGUGUCUUCAAAGCCCAUGACACCUUUGGCAAAGGCUGUUCUCCAACUGGAGCGCUUGCAGGCCGGUGUUUCUCAGUUGUCGGUGUUUAUACUACAUUUUUUUAGAUUUGCCUCGAGAUGGCAGGCAUUGCAGGGAGGAGGCGCUUUUGACCAUUCCCUGCAUGCAGAAAAACAGCUCAUCAGGGACCUGCUAAUCUACCAGGUGAUGCUGAAGUUCUAAAUCAGCAUGUGAUUUCCAGGAAUAAAGAACGGGGCAAAGGGGUUUGAACAGGAGUAGCCAACCUGGCACCCUCCAGAAGCUGUCAGACUACAACUCUAGUCAGCCCCAGCCAGCAGGACCAAUGGUCAGGGCAGGGGGUUGGAAUAAAUGACCUUCAGGGGUCCCUUGCAACUCUACAAUUCUAUGAUGCUCUUAUUCUCUCCAUCUGAAACCAGAUUUUUCCACUUAACAGGAAACAAAGGAGAAGGGGGGGGGAAUGUGGUCUUCAUGGGUAGCAUCCUUUAUUUUAUUUUUUUAGUCAUUGCAGACUCAACAAAAGCGUUGCACCUUCCCUCAGGAGGCUUCCCUCCGGCAACGCAGCCUCUCCGUGCGAAUUCUCCGAGGGCUCCAGCAAUUGUUGAUAAUUGUGUUGCGUCUGCAUUGCUAGACGCAGAACGCAACCUGGUCUCCCGAAAGCCCAGGUGGAGACUUCCAUGAGACUUUGCCCCGGCGGCCUCUCCGUGUCGGGAAAAGCUGAGCUCUCCGGAUUAAUAAUUUUCUGCACGCUUGCUCUAAUUUGAUUUCCGUGUUUCCCCAGUGUCCGAGAGCGCUUGCAAUAUAUCCACCGCUGUGUGAGUUUCAGAACCGUACUGCGUGCAUCACAGAAAGUUGGGCAUAAUAUGGAACUUGCCGAAAUGUCCAGCUUUAGUUUUAACUGAAUAUGCUGGUUUCUAGUCCCUAAAAUACUCGCUGACUUAUGAGAUACAGUGGUACCUUGGUUCUCAAACUUAAUCCGUUCCGGAAGUCCGUUCCAAAACCAAAGCGUUCCAAAACCAAGGCGCGCUUUCCCAUAGAAAGUAAUGCAAAACAGAUUAAUCCGUUCCAGACUUUUAAAAACAACCCCUAAAACAGCAAUUUAACGUGAAUUUUACUAUCUAACGAGACAAUUGAUCCAUAAAGUGAAAGCAAUAACCAAUGUACUGUAUAAUAAAAUAAGGCAGUAUUGCAGAAGAUAAAAAUUAAAAUUAAUUUUUUUUCUUACCCGCAUCGAUGAUAGUCAUUGUUUGGAUGGGGGGCUUUUAUCCAUUUGCGCAUUCACACAAUCAAGCAGUAGCUGAACUGGGUUCCACACAGUCACAAAAACAAAUUAACCAAAAAAGCCUCAAAAACAAAAACGCAAAAUAAAUAGCAAAAACAAAAGCGCCAAACUUCAUCCGUUCCGGAAGUCAGUUUGACUUCUGAAAUGUUCGAAAACCAAGGCGCAGCUUCUGAUUGGUGCAGGCGCCCCAGAAACAAUAGCCGACAGCCGCAUUGGGCGUUCAGCUUCCGAAAAACGUUUGAAAACCGGAACACUUACCUCCGGGUUUUCGGCGUUUGGGAACCAAGGCGUUUGAGUGCCAAGGCGUUUGAGAACCAAGGUGUACCACUGUAUCUUCAAGAGAGCAAACUUUUAAGGCGUUGGACGACAUAAGGAAGGCUGAGAGGAGGGUUUUGUGGCCCGGGCAGCCCAGGACCUCCACACACACUGCCAAAACAAUGCUAGGGGCAGCAGUAAUUUGUCUUCACCUCCAGAGGUGAACUCCAUUGUCUUUCGAGACAGAUGGAUGUCAGCAACAGUUCUUGACCGCAAUGAUAGGCUUGUGCUUAGUGCCAGAAGCUAGAGAGGGGCAGAGCGGGGGGGGGGGGGCAGGCUUCAGAGACUAGUUAGGAACAUGGGAGCCCAUUUCAUACCAAAUCAGACCAUUGGUCUAUCUAGCUCAAUACUGCUGGCACUGACAGGCAGCAGCUGUCCAGGAUUUUCAGACAGCCUACCAAGAGAUGCUGAGGAUUACAAAUGAAAACUCCUGCUGCAUGCAAGGCUGAUACCCUCCUGUACUGAGUCAUUGCCAGCCCUCCAGGAAACAUUCAUUUGCAAGGCGUUAGGAGCACUGGAAACUGCCUUAUAUUGAAUCAGACCCCGGGUCCAUCUAGCUUGCUACUGCCCACACUGGCUGGCAGCACCUUUAAGGAAGGGUUUCCAGAGUUGUAGGCGACCCGAACUUUGAAGACCCGAACUUGAGAUGCCUGCAACUGAACACAGGGCCUUCUGCACCCAAAUAAUCAAGAGCCUUGUGAAAGAUGGGCAGAGCAGGAGGAAGCAGCGGGGGUUGACAGAGUGGUAUAGGCACCACCACAUCUACAGCUCUACCGCCCAGCCAGAUGGGAGGGGUAUAAAUAUUAUUACUACUACUACUACUACUAUCCUGGAAUGCCCCUAUUUUCCCCGCCAGUGCUGCCACCGCAAAGCUUAAGGAGGAGGAGGAGCUGGCGCUUGUCCUGAGGAGCAGCGGCACUGUGAUAGCAUCCCAUGGCCUCUCCAUGGCUGCUGCUGCCGGCCUCUUCCCUUGGGUAGCUCAUAGCAGCUGCUGAAGAGCGGGCAGGGAGGAGGAGAGGCUGCUGAGGCCCAGCCUUGCAUGAUAUGCCAGCCCUAAGGUGCAAGCAGAGGGCAGGGCUGCCCCGGGUGGGAAGAAAGGGGAAGCAGAGCACAGGGAGUCUUCGUUUUUCUGAAAAAUAAAAACUUUGUGUGUCUGCAUCUAAUCAUGCCCCUUUCUAAAAUACAGUGGACGCUCGGGGUGUGAACGUGAUCGGUGCGGGAGGCACGUUCGCAACCCGCAGCGUUCGCAACCCACAUCUGCGCAUGCGCGAGUCGCGAUCCGGCACUUCUGCGCCUGCGCAAAGCACCAUUUAGCACUUCUGCGCAUGCGCGACUGCCGAAACCUGAAAAACGCAACCUGAAGCGGACCCGGCAUGAGGUUUGACUACAUAUUUUGGUGUUUGUUUUUCUUUCUGUAAAUCUACCAAGGAACAAAAUUAAAAAAAAAAAUAAAUGAGGGGUUUUUUCAGGAUGGUGGAGGGCUUGUGUGUUGCGCCCCGCUGGUAUCAUGGCAUUAGCCCUUCUUCUGAUAGGAAGUACUGGGAGGGACACAGAAAAUGGGGGGUCUAAGAGGGUCAGUUUGGGGGCGAGGAAUGAGGAAUGUCCUUUUUUUCAUCUGAGGAAUGUUGGAGGGUAUCCGACUCCUUUGUUCUUUGGGUCACAGCAGGCAGGCAGGGCUCUUGGUUUGCGAAACUCUCAGGCUUGCAGAAUGCAGCGUGUUGUCUUGAUGAACAACACUCGGGUCCUGCCCUAUAUCCUCCCGCUAACUUGUGGGUGAGUCAGUUAAUUCAUGGUGCAGUCGGUAUUAUUUCCUGUGCUUGUUUAUGAGAAUACACACACGCCCAGAAAGUGGGGAGGGAGGAAAAAAGCGCAGCUUAACGCGAUCACAGCUGUUUAUAAUGGGAGAUGAUGUCUCGCUUCUAAACUAUUUGCAAAGCCUUCUAUUAAUUGGAUUACACAGCUCAGAUCGGCAGUUUUAUCCCGGGAUGCCGCCGCAUCUGCCCUACCAGCCACGCAACACAUUCAUAACGGAGAUGUUUAAACAGAAGCCAAGUCUUCUGAGAUUACCACCCUUAUUUUUCAGCGUUCGCCAGGAAUCGGUUUGGUCUCUUUGGGUUUCUAUUUUUAAGCAAUUCAGCCUUUUAUCUGAAAUAAAAAUUUGAAAGGUGGUGGUGGGAGCCAUCACUCCUUCAAGAAACAAAAAAAAUGAAAUAAAAUAAAAUAAAAAAUGAGUCAUUAAAAAAAAAAAACCCACAAGACGUUCACCCACUCGCCUCGUGCUGUUGCUAUGGCAAUUUGGCUCUGCUGUGCAAGAUGGUCUUCGAACUUUUCCCCAAACAUCACCCGGGGCUGAUUGACACAACUGCAAUAUGGGCUUUCUCUCCCCCCCCCCCCCCGCCUUUGCAAUUCCAUGUGGAGGCUUAACGUCUGCCAGGAACGCAGCGUUUGUGGCUAGCUGGUUGCACCCGAACAGAACUUCGCGCUUGGCAACUAACUCCCGGCUGCCACCGAAAAGGAUAAUUAGCGUUGCUAUUCAGCUUUUCAGCCCCAAAGGGCCCCUGAAAACAGUGAGCAGCAUAUUUAAAUCGGCAUCGUCAAUCAAUCAAGAGACAGAAAAUACAGGAUGGCAAAGACCUGGGAAGGCUGCACAGAGCUGUGUCGUUGGCAACUUACAUCAGCCUUUCCUGGGGCAGGCAGGUGUGGGGGACUCCCUGGUCCUGAAUGGGGCAACUGUGCCCCUGAAGGACCAGGUGCGCAGCCUGGGAGUCAUUUUGGACUCACAGCUGUCCACGGAGGCACAGGUCAAUUCUGUGUCCAGGGCGGCUGUCUACCAGCUCCAUCUGGUACGCAGGCUGAGACCCUACCUGCCUGCGCACUGUCUCGCCAGAGUGGUGCAUGCUCUGGUUAUCUCCCGCUUGGACUAAUGCAAUGUGCUCUGUGUGGGGCUACCUUUGAAGGUGACCCGGAAACUGCAACUAAUCCAGAAUGUGGCAGCUGGACUGGUGAAUGGGAGCGGCCGCCGAGACCAUGCAUGAUUUUAUAAACUCCUACCAUGCAACCCUAAGGGACGCGGGUGGCGCUGUGGGUUAAACCACAGAGCCUAGGACUUGCCGAUCAGAAGGUCAGUGGUUCGAAUCCCCGCAGUGGGUUGAGCUUCCAUUGCUCUGUCCCAGCUCCUGCCAACCUAGCAGUUUGAAAGCACGUCAAAGUGCAAGUAGAUAAAUAGAUACCACUCCAGCGGGAAGGUAAAUGGUGUUUCCUUGUUCUGCUCUGGUUCGCCAGAAGCGGCUUGCUCAUGCUGGCCACAUGACCCGGAAGCUGUACGCCGGCUCCCUUGGUCAAUAAAGCGAGAUGAGCGCCGCAACCCCAGAGUCAGCCACGACUGGACCUAAUGGUCAGGGGUCCCUUUACCUUUACCUUACCACGCAACCCUAUUACUCGCCUUUUUCUCAAAGCUAAAAAGUCCCAGGCUGCAAGCAACUUUUCCUGACAGAGGCAGCUAAAUCUGCUCUUGGGUGUUAGCUUGUGGCAGUGCAAGGAAGCAGGUGCCGACUCUGCAACGGCUGCUUCCACAUCACUGUGUGGUUGGGCUGCUGCUUCCUCUUCUGGCGACUUCCUCCCUCCAUUCAUCAGAGCAGCUAGACAGGAACCAAAUACCUGCUCUUGACAGUAUCUCACGGUGGGGGUGGAAGUCCACCAGGCGUGGUCCUCUGGGAUCUCACUGAAUGGCCUGGUACCUUAAGUGAUGAUGAUGAUGAUGAUGAUGAUGAUGAUGAUGAUGAAUACCCUGCUCAUCUGGCUGGGUUUCCCAAGCCACUCUGGGCAGUUUCCAGAAAAAUAAAUACUGUAUUCUUCCGUGUAUAACACGCCCCCGUGUAUAAGACGCCCCCUAUUUUUGGUGACUCCAAAUUAGGAAAAUGGGGGGUGGCCCCCAGAGUUGUUGAACUUUUUUAGGGGGGGUUGUGCCUACCCAAUUAGCACAACGACAGCAAAUCAACACCAGCCCUCACCGCAGCAACCAAUAACAUGCCAAAUAGCCUCUGGCAAUCUUAGGCUCAUGGCAGGUAAAGGUACCCCUGACCGUUAGGUCCAGUCGCGGACGACUCUGGGGUUGCAGCGCUCAUCUCACUUUAUUGGCUGAGGGAGCUGGUGUACAGCUUCUGGGUCAUGUGGCCAGCAUGACUAAGCCACUUCUGGCGAACCAGAGCAGCGCACGGAAACGCCAUUUACCUUCCCGCCGGAGCGGUACCUAUUUAUCUACUUGCACUGGCGUGCUUUUGAACUGCUAGGUUGGCAGGAGCAGGGACCAGGUAACGGGAGCUCACCCCGUCACAGGGAUUCGAACCUCCGACCUUCCGAUCAGCAAGCCCUAGGCUCUGUGGUUUAGACCACAGCGCCACCCGUGUCCCAGGACAGUGGUAGCCAGUGCUUUUUUUUCUCUAAAAAAAAUGUUUAGGGGUACUCUCAUUUUCCUACUCAUAUUGACAUACUGCCCCUCAAUGAGGCCAAAAACACUGGUGGUAGCCAACAUGAUGUAAAUUAUGUAGUUUUUUUUUUCAUAUUGUGAGCCACUUUGGGCAUGGCUUUAACUAGGCUUUCCAUAUUUCAGAAAGUGAAAACCCAGACACAAAAGUUGGUGAGUUGGUGAGCUUUUUCUUUUUUUCUUUUUUGGCAAAGUUGUUGGCUAUGUCCAGGAAAUUUCCGAUGUACGGCAACUCUACUUUCGCUAUGCAAAGGUUGUGGGUUCGAGCUGCCCCCUGCGUUGCAGGGUGUUGGACUAGAUUACUCUUGUGGUCCCUUCCAGCUCUUUGAUUCUCUGAUACUCCUGUGAAUUUUGGAUAAUAUGCACAUCUUUGCAAGCGAUUUUCUCCUAACCUAAUGCGUUUCCACAUUGUUUUCACUCCUUCUGCACACAUCAUUCGGCUGGGGAACUGAGGCACAAAAUUUGGAGGUGUGUCCUUACCAUCAGGGCAGCUGUGUUUCAGUUUGCCUCUCAUUUGGGGAAAUGCAAACUAGGGAUGUUAGCACACAAAUGUGAACAGAACCAAAUUUCUCCCUCAAAUGCCACAAUUUGUGCUUCCACCGCCCGCCCCCCCGAAUAUUCAUCUUCCCUGGGUGGCCCCACUAGGCUCUAGCAUUGAGAGAGGGAGAAAGGAGCUUUUCUGCAUCCAUUUCCCCUUGAUAAUUUUGGUUGUCCUUUUCGGCAGCAGACUUUAGGAGAUGUGGAGGGCGGAAAUGUGUGGGUUGCUUGCUUCGUUUUGGUAAAUUGUCGCCGUCGUUUGACACGUUCUUCGGAUGUACAUAUUUCCUGCAAUAUACUGCUGAUUAUAUCCGAGAUAAGGUCUUUGAACCCUGUUGUGAAGCCUGUCCACCCCACAGCCGCCCGAUAGAUACACACAGACAUGCCAGUUCCUUUAAAAAAACAAAAUUAUAAUUAUACCAUAUUUCAUUUCAUCUUUUCUUCUGGUUGACUUCCAUUCCUCCUCAAAGCGGUUUCAUUUACAUCCUUUUAUAAACUGUUUCCUUCUCUCUUUUGUAGUUCCAAUUCUCCCCUUAUCUCUUUCAUUCAAAUUUCAGUUUUUACACACACAUGCCAGUUCCGUUGGGUGGGCCCCACAUUCAAGAGGGGAGGAACCCAACACAUCAGCCACAAAAAAACAAAAAAAGGAAGGCGAUGUGGAGCACGGGUUAUAAUCAGAGUCAUUUCCAGCGUUUGCAAAAACGAACUUACAGAUAAGCCCUUAAUCUUCUCAAGCGCUACAGCUAACUCUCCGCCACAGGCUGCCCCCAUUUUUAACCUUCCUCGUUACAGUUAGAUUCGUUGCGGGAAAUCUCGUUGUGCCUGCAUUCUUGCAUUCCUGCAGGUGGAAUCUGUGCCCGGACUUGGUACUGGCGACACUUACCGCUAAGAUCAGUGUGACCGACAAAAUGGGGCAGAGUGGGGCAGCUCUCCUCAGGCAGACAAUUUGGGGGUACCUUUCAGACCUUUGGGUGGUGCCAGGGGGCAGGGGCAGCAAGCACUGCCCCUAGAAAGGAGCUCGUCCCCUGCCCACUUGCCCUGCAUUUAUGGGUUACACUACAUAACAGAUAUGUUGGCUCCCAGCACGUUUCCGAGCACAAUUCAAAGUGUUGGUGCUGACCUUGAAAGCCCAAAACAGCCUUGGCCCAGUAUACCUGAAGGAGCGUCUCCACCCCCAUCAUUCUGCCCGGACACUGAGGUCCAGCGCCGAGGGCCUUCUGGUGGUUCCCUCCCUGCGAGAAGCCAAGUUACAGGGAACCAGGCACAGGGCCUUCUCGGUGGUGGCGCCCACCCUGCAGAACGCCCUCCCAUCAAAUGUCAAGGAAAUAAACAACUACCUGUCUCUUAGAAGACAUCUGAAGGCAAUCCUGUAUGGGGAAACUUUUAAUGUUUGAAGUUUUAUCGUGGUUUUAAUAUUCUGUUGGGUGCUGCGCAGAAUGGCUGGGGAAACCAAGGCCGUUUAGGGCUUUAAAGGUCAGCACCAACACUUUGAAUUGUGCUCGGAAAUAUACUGGGAGCCAAUGCAGAUCUCUCAGAACCGGUGUUAUGUGGUCCCGGCGGCCGCUCCCAGUCACCAGUCUGGCUGCCGCAUUCUGGAUUAGUUGUAGUUUCCGGGUCACCUUCAAAGGUAGCCCCACGCAGAGCGCAUAGCAGUAGUCCAAGAUGUGAUCCAUUGCGGCUUACGGUUCUCUGAUGCCACGAAGGACCCAAGCCGCCUUCUGCUCCAACCCAAGUCCGCUUCGAUUCCCAGGUGGCUCCGUCCCAAGGUGUGAAUGAUGCUAUAAUCCUGAGAAACAGGGCUGUGAGCAGCAAUGGGACUUUUGCUGCUGGCAGCGAGAGCUGCUCUUUUUGAAAGCUUCCUGUUGCUCGGGCAACACACAGCACUAUUCUGUGGGUGUCUAGCAGGUGAAGGGGGUGGGGAAGCCACCCGGCUGUGAGACUGUGAAAUGUUGCGGCGUUUUGCAGCAGGUGUGGCACAUUUGUGAGUGUGUAGUCUUCGUAGCAAGGUGUCACAAGCCGGAAUCCAAAGCAGAACGGCCUGGAUUCAGCAGUCGGUGUACAAUUCAGAUCUCACACCAGCGAUAACUCACAGUUAGAGAAAGGAAAAGAGAGACAUAGGUUCUUUGUUCUGCUUUUUUUAGAGCUGGGGUCACGGUGGCCUAGCCCCAGAAUCUAUUUUCACAGGUUCCACAGGGGAUCCAGUGAAGAAAUAUCAAAGAAGUUUCCGCCCCCCCCCCCCAGAAAAAUUAGAAACUAGAAAACCCAAUGUAGGUUUGUUGGUUGUUGUUGUUUUAAUAUAAUGUUGGCAGCUAGAUUUUUUUAAAAAAACAAAACCCUCAUCUUCUAAACAUGUGCAGAGUGCCUGUCCCUCUUUGGAAAUUUGAGAGGAAUUGACUCCCAGGGAUCCUUGAGGUCGCAUUUCUGAGUCUAACCUGAUCUGAGGGUGAUGGUACCCUACCUGGAAGCCCUAUUUAUGUCAUCUUGGCCUCAAUAAGAAGCCUCUUAGUGACUGUGGCCACCAUCACCCAUCAAUUUGAUCACCCUCUCCCUACCAAGAAGCAGUGACUUGUUCUUUUUUCCGCUCUAAGUCCAAGAAGAAACAAUACCUCGCUGAGAGGGAGAGGGAGGGAGUUGGCAGUGGUGAUGCAGAAUGACUAGCUGCCACAGGCACCCGGAGGCUUCCCACCGUGUGAAGCCUUGUCUGUGGGCUCUUAGGUGAAUUGAAACACAGCCCAGAGUGAAAUAUAUAUCAGACACAAUCUUUCCUGGGCAAAAUACAAGACCCAUCAAAACCAACAGAGUGGUUUCAAUGGGAUUUUGAUUAGGAUCGGUUGCCGAAACAAAGGCAUGGCAAGCACGCAAACUGAAUUACCGGAGUUUUGGAUUAUUCCAAGUUAACAUUAAGGCUUUAUUGAGUUGCACACCAAAUGGCUCUAAUUGUUACAGCAGCCCAUUCGUAGGCAACUCUUGAUCAGGAAAUGCAUGAAUUGCAAAACGGGAAACUUGAUUUGCAUCAGUUAUUCAAUUUGCUCCCUCUCUCUUUUUCUACUUGGUUAUUUAAAUCACGCCGGCAGCCCGUGCCAAAUUCAGGUGCGCCAAGUUUUCUUACUUUUGCAUAAUUCGGGUUCUGCACAGGAGAGGAACGCAGAGUUCCACUGGACUUUGGGGAUCUUCCCAGUUUCCAUUGCAUGCCCUACUUAUUUUAUGUCUACUGUGAUCUAGCGCUGAUGGCUUGCAAACAGCAAUUCGCCCAGCUAGGAUGAUGUGGAGAUGCCAAUGGAAAAAUAAUCACUAUAUUGUAAAUAGUCCCAUUGGUUGCUCUCAUCUGGUGUAGCCAGCCAGUCAAAGCCAUUUCCUAGGUGUGGCUGCUGUCUCCUUCCUUGUCGUUUGAAACUGCUAGUUCAGAUCCUGCCAAGCUUGCUCCAUCUUCCUUCAGGUAUUUGAACCAUGGAAUUGUAUCUGCUGGUUAUUUGCAACACUAAGUUCAAAACCUUGCCAACAAAGGUCCGUAUAGUUAAAGCUAUGGUUUUCCCCAGUAGUGAUGUAUGGAAGUGAGAGCUAGACCAUAAAGAAGGCUGAUCGCUGAAGAAUCAAUGCUUUUGAAUUAUGGUGCUGGAGGAGACUCUUGAGUCCCAUGGACUGCAAGAAGAUCCAACCUCUCCAUUCUGAAGGAAAUCAGCCCUGAGUGCUCACUGGAAGGACAGAUCCUGAAGCUGAGGCUCCAAGACUUUGGCCACCUCAUGAGAAGAGAAGACUCCCUGGAAAAGACCCUGAAGUCGGGAAAGAUGGAGGGCACAAGGAGAAGGGGACGACAGAGGACGAGAUGGUGGGACAGUGUUCUCGAAGCUACGAACAUGAGUUUGACCAAACUGGGGGAGGCAGUGGAAGACAGGAGUGCCUGGCAUGCUCUGGUCCAGGGGGUCACGAAGAGUCGGACACGACUAAACGACUAAACAACAACAACAAGUUCAAAACUGAAGGGAUUUUUCAGAUGGAAAGCAAGGUACCACAUUCCUGGAUGGAAAGUUAAGAAACUCUGGCUUUGUUGGCACAGAUCCCACCCAAGGUUCCUCGCAAAUGCUUUAAUUAUCCUCCACCAAGUUAAUCACAAACACACACACACACAGGCUUCUCUUGUUCAGAAGUGGAGCUCCUGCGUCGAGGCAACAGGAGGUUCCGCUUCUGGCUGGCGGAGUGGAAACGGCGCUGGGAAAGCGUUGAUCUCGUGGGUCUUGUCUGCGCUGCUAAACCACUUCCAAGAGAAGGAAAACUCUCUGCCGUUUGAUGCGUAGCUUCCUUCCAGCUGAGCAGCCUGCAAUUCCCACCGAACGCUCACUAAAGAGAGAUGCAAAGAGGAUCGGUGUUAAUAUAUUGCGGAUAGUAUUUUUGAUGCUGGGGAAUCUUCCUGUCUUUGGGGCAAAAGGGAUGUUUUAACAAGCAAUGGGGGAGAGGACUCCAGUGAGCUUGUUUCCUCCUGCUCUGGAAGGUAGGACUCGAACUCAUGGCUUCGAAUGAAAAGAAAGGCGAUUCCGACUAAACAUCAGGAAGAACUUUCGGACAGUAAGAGCCAGUGGCGGAUUUAUGUACAAGCUAAACAAGCUAUAGCUCAGGGCCCCACUGUCUUGGGGGCCCCCAUAAAAUUAAAGGAAAAAACAAACUGAAUGUACAUUUCCAAAAGGGACGCAGGUGGCGCUGUGGGUUAAACCACAGAGCCUAGGACUUGCCGAUUAGAAAGUCUGCAGUUCGAAUCCCCGCAACGGGGUGAGCUCCCCUUGCUUGGUCCCUGCUCCUGCCAACCUAGCAGUUUGAAAGCACGUCAAAGUGCAAGUAGAUAAAUAGGUACCGCUCCAGCAGGAAGGUAAACAGCAUUUCCGUGCGCUGCUCUGGUUCGCCAGAAGCGGCUUAGUCAUGCUGGCCACAUGACCCAGAAGCAGUACGCCGGCUCCCUCGGCCAAUAAAGUGAGAUGAGCGCCGCAACCCCAGAGUCGGCCACGACUGGACCUAAUGGUCAGGGGUCCCUUUACCUUUACCUACAUUUCCAAAAUAUAAGAUUAAAAAAACCAAAAAAAUAAAACCUACAUACAGCAACAGUGUUUUGUGUUGUGUAGGCUCCUAUGAUGUAAGACAUGGGCCCGCCUGCUAGCCUGCUCCCUAAAAUAUCACUGGUUUGAUCAUUUCUUUAUAUAGGGUAAGUGACAUGGGUGGCGCUGUGGGUUAAACCACAGAGCCUAGGACUUGCCGAUCAGAAGGUGGGCGGUUCGAAUUCCCACGAUGGGGUGAGCUCCAGUUGCUCGGUCCCUGCUCCUGCCAACCUAGCAGUUCAAAAGCACCUCAAAGUGCAAGUAGAUAAAUAGGUACCGCUCCGACGGGAAGGUAAACGUGCGCUGCUCUGGUUUGCCAGAAGCGGCUUAGUCAUGCUGGCCACAUGACCCAGAAGCUGAACGCCGGCUCCCUCGGCCAAUAAAGCGAGAUGAGCGCCGCAACCCCAGAGUCGGCCACAACUGGACCUAAUGGUCCGGGGUCCCUUUGCCUUUACCUUUAUAUAUAGGGUGCCUACAUUCUGCAUGGACUGGCUGCAUGGAAACAUGUGCAAAUGGCUUUAGAUACCUAUUAGGCCCAUAAAUUACGAUAUAUAGCAUAUAUUCAACACGAAAAACAGCGACAAUUUGUUGUUGACAAAGGACAGCUGGACAUAUAAAGGGCCCCAUUACCUUUAGUAGCUUAGGGUCUCAUCAAACCUAAAUCCGUCCCUGUUAAGAGCUGUUUGACAGAGUUUUCUUGUACAGUGGUACCUCAGGUUACAUACGCUUCAGGUUACAGUCUCCGCUAACCCAGAAAUAGUGCUUCAGGUUAAGAACUUUGCUUCAGGAUAAGCACAGAAAUUGUGCUCCGGUGGCGCAGCAGCAGCAGGAGGCCCCAUUAGCUAAAGUGGUGCUUCAGGUUAAGAACAGCUUCAGGUUAAGUACGGACCUCCGGAACGAAUUAAGUACUUAACCUGAGGUACCACUGUUCUUGGACCCAGAGUUUGGCAUUUUUGCACUGCACACUCGUCAUUCCCAGACCUACACACUGGGGCUACUUACAUGGGGGGGCAGGAAGGAUGGCUGGACCCUUCUCUGUGCGCCCCAGUGUUGAUAGCGCCUGUCCCCAUUUGCGGCUCAGUCUCAGAGAAGUUCCCAUUCCCAGCCUUAUUAACUGAACCCUGAAGCACCCAGACAGAUUGGCUAUAACCUGGAAUGCGGCUUCCCUCUUCCAAGCCGAGACUGGGUUGCGUUUCUCAACUCGAAAGAGCGCCGGAGGCUACAAUAGUACAAUUUAGUUCCGUUUAAUUGGCAUUAUGUGGGUCAUCACCCCUACAGGCACAGAAUUAGCAGAGGGACAUCGUCGAGAAACCUACUUCUCCAGCCCGUCGGAUUUUAGCAGCUUCAAAAGUGAACCGUAACCAAGCCUGCCGGUAUUGGUUUCAAGUUUCUAUAACCUGUUGCGCUUUUAAAAGAUAAAUAAAUGAUAAAUAAAUGACUAUGCAGAAUUAGAUAAACUAACAGGAAGGAUUCGAAACCGGCGAGACCAGAAAUUCAUGGAAGACUGGAGUAAAUUUACGGACUAUUUGAAAAAGUAUUUGUGAAGAACAGACGACGUUUGUAGGGUUGCAAGAAGUUUUGUGAGGAGAAUUAUUAGAAGUAUUGGAUAAAGGGGAGGGUGAUUUGUUAAGAGAUGUAAAGGCAGUAUAAAGUUAAGAAAUGCAUAAAAAGUGGUUAAAACGGUGGAUCAUCAGAGGUGCUGAUGGAAGUCUAAAAAGAUUGCAGAAGUGAUAGGUUUUGUGGUACACUUAAUAAUUUAUAUGUUAAAAUCAAUAAAAAAUAUUAUUUUAAAAAAGAUAAAUAAAUAAAUAAACUUGGGUGUCUUUAAAAGGCGAUUGUUGUCAUCGUGGCUCUGCUCUGCGUGAGCUUUUGGAGGCCUCUGAAUACCAAUUGUAUACCAGUUUAAAAGGCUGUGCGCUCAGAUCCUGCUUUCGAGUUUCCUAUAUAGCCACCUGGUUGGCCAGGUGUUGAGCUAGAUGGGCCUUGGGCCUGAUCCGGCAGGGCCCUUUGUUGUUUAGUCGUUUAGUCGUGUCCGACUCUUCGUGACCCCCUGGACCAGAGCACGCCAGGCACUCCUGUCUUCCACUGCCUCCCGCAAUUUGGUCAAACUCAUGCUGGUAGCUUCGAGAACACUGUCCCACCAUCUCGUCUUCUGUCGUCCCCUUCUCCUUGUGCCCUCAAUCCUUCCCAACAUCAGUCUUUUCCAGGGAGUCUUCUCUUCUCAUGAGGUGGCCAAAGUCUUGGAGCCUCAGCUUCAGGAUCUGUCCUUCCAGUGAGCACUCAGGGCUGAUUUCCUUCAGAAUGGAGAGGUUGGAUCUUCUUGCAGUCCCUGGGACUCUCAAGAGUCUCCUCCAGCACCAGAAUUCAAAAGCAUCAAUUCUUCAGUGAUCAGCCUUCUUUAUGGUCCAGCUCUCACUUCCAUACAUCACUAGGGCCCUUCUUAUGGAGCGCUAUUGCAAAAGCAGAACCUCCAUGCCCAGGGACAGUCUACCUCUGAAUACCAGUUGGUGAUUACAGCAGCUAGAGAGCGGCUGCAGGCUUCCCAGUAUCACCUGGGAAGUAUCACCUGGCUGGCCGCUCUGGACCUAAUGGACCCCUUUUGGGCCUGAUCCAGCAGCAUGGAUCAGGUUCCUAGGUUCUGCUCUGGAUCUGCUGGCAGAUGGACUCCUAUAAAGUAAUCCUGGAUGGAGAGAAGCUUCUCUUCUCCCUUCCUCCCUUCCUCUUUCUCUUUCUCGGUAGUGGCACCCGCCCUGUGGAACGCCCUCCCACCAGAUGUCAAAGAGAACAAGAACUACCAGACUUUUAGAAGACAUCUGAAGGCAGCCUUGUUUAGGGAAGCUUUUAAUGUUUAAUAGACUAUUGUAUUUUAAUAUUCUGUUGGAAGACACCCAGAGUGGCUGGGGAAACCCAGCCAGAUGGGCAGAGUAUAAAUAAAUUAUUAUUAUUAUUAUUAUUAUUAUUAUUAUUAUUAUUAUUAUUGGCUGCUCACCACGGUAAAUAGCACCAAUCCUGGCCCAACCGCCCGGGCUGCCAAUUAGUUUCCAGGCCCAAUUCCAUACCCCACAAGUGUCCUGGAAAACCGGGUCAUCCCAUUUUUUUUCCUCACGAGACGACGGCUGCCAUUUGGGGCACCAUGAUCUCGCACAAUUCCGUGCCGCAAUUCCCCUUCUGAAAAAGUGCUUUGGUAGGGCCGCAUCCUGAUUUGAGGCUUGAAAUAGUUGGGAUGGUAUGACUUUCAGGUGAAAUCAAGUACAGUCAUACCUUGUGUUACAGACGCUUCAGGUUGCACAUUUUCGGGUUGUGCUUUGUGCAUGCGCAGAAGCGCCAAAUUGUAACCCGUGCAUGCGCAGCCGCGGCGCUGCAGGUUGCAAAGGCUGCAGGUUGCGAACGUGUCUCCCGCACGGAUCACAUUCGCAACCCGAACGUCCACUGUACAUCUUUCUAGUCCACAUAAAGUGUUGUUUCCCAUACUGUGUGGUUUGAGGUGUAAGAAAAUAGCAGAACAUUUAGACACAUGUUAGAGGUAAGACAGAACCUUAAAAAAAAACAAUUGUACAUGGGAUAAAGCUAUUAAUGAUAAAUUAACAUGUUCCAUUAAAGUAAGACGGGGAAUAUGCAGGAGAAAUUAUUCUGAGGAGAUGGAGGGUUUUUGUAGAAUUUUUACUGUUAAAACAGAAAGGGGUCAAACCAUCGCAAGAGGUGUUGAAGUUUUGGGAGGUCGGAUAGUUACAAUGGAAUGUUCUCAUUGGUGGGGUGCACAUUUUUGUUCUUAUUUAUGUAUGGUUAUUACUUUGUAAAAAUAAUAAAAUUAAAAGAAAAGGGGGAAGCAAAAUUGUAUGAAAUUUGGGUUAUAACAAUUGAUGUUGGGUGAACUGGAAGUCACUAGUUUGUUGAACUGGAAUGUACCAUUUUUUGGCUCUAUAAGACUCACUUUUUCCUCCUAAAAAGUAAGGGGAAAUGUGUGUGCAUCUUAUGGAGUGAAUGCAGGCUGCACAGCUAUCCCAGAAGCCAGAACAGCAACAGGGAUUGCUGCUUUCACUGCGCAGCGAUCCCUCUUACUGUUCUGGCUUCUGAGAUUCAGAAUAUUUUUUUUCUUGUUUUCCUCCUCCAAAAACUAGGUACGUCUUGUGGUCUGCUGCGUCUUAUAGAGCGAAAAAUACGGUAGUUUUUGAGUAGCAAAUGGAGCUUUCUAUAAAGAAAAAAUACAUCGUUAUUAUUCAGGUAGGUAGCCGUGUUGGUCUGACGCAGUCGAAAUAAAUUUUUUUAAAAAUAGUCCAGUAGCACCUUAGAGACCAAAUAAGUUAGUUCUGGGUAUAAGCUUUCGUGUGCGAAAAGCUUAUACCCAGAACUAACUUAGUUGGUCUCUAAGGUGCUAGUAAAGGUAAAGGUAAAGGGACCCCAGACCGUUAGGUCCAGUCAUGGCCGACUCUGGGGUUGCGGCGCUCAUCUUGCUUUAUUGGCCGAGGGAGCCGGCGUACAGCUUCCGGGUCAUGUGGCCAGCAUGACUAAGCCACUUCUGGCGAACCAGAGCAACGCACGGAAAUGCUGUUUACCUUCCCGCCAGAGUGGUACCUAUUUAUCUACUUGCACUUUGACGUGCUUUUGAACUGCUAGGUUGGCAGGAGCAGGGACCAAGCAACGGGAGCUCACCCCGUCACGGGGAUUCGAACCGCUGACCUUCUGAUCGGCAAGUCCUAGGCUCUGUGGUUUAACCCACAGCGCCACCCGCGUCCCAUCUCUAAGAUGCUACUGGACUAUUUUUUUAAUUUUUAAUUUUGAUUAUUAUUAUUAAGUACCUAUUCACAGAGCUCAUAGUUACACUGUGGAAUGUGCUCCCCGAUUUACAAAGUUAUGGAGACCAAUGUGCAGUAGAUGAUUCUGGAUAUGGAAAAUAAGAACCUGAGGCUGCCGAGGCUAUCUCAGGGCAGGCUGCCUGCCCCCUGCGUCUCCUCCUACAGCUCCCUGCCCCUCAACAUCUGCCGCCCGAGGCAGCUUCAACAUUGGGCCUAAUGGCAGGGCCGGCCCCCUGUGCGUACAUCCCUGUAAUAACAGGACAGGCGACGUGGUUGCUGUAUUUGAAGCCUUGACGGGGGCCUUUGCGGCUGCCGUGCUCCAGGUGCCGAGUGCCAAUUAAUUAAUUCGCCUUUGGAGCAGAUACCUAAUUAAAGCAGUCCGAAAGGCUUCUCGCCAAGGGGACAGUCAUUCGGGCAGCUCCUUUUGUCGCCGCUGAUGUCAUCCCUGGAACGGAUCCCACGGGCCUCUGGGCCAGGUGCGAGUUGCCUUUGUCUGGAGACUACUAAAAAUAAAACGUCAAUAGAGAGUCGAAGGCGUCCUCCGAGAAAAUGACGCAAUUUGGCCGAGGGAAGAGAAAGUUCAGGCUAUGUUUCCGACAAGGAGGCAACCCCGGGCUGCCAGGAGUUGGGUUAGGAAGCGAAAGCAGCAAAGAAGUCGACAUUUGAGAGCUGGCACUCACUUGGGUGGUGCAUAGCUGUCAACAUUUCCCUUUUCUUGCGAGGAAUCCUAUUCGGAAUAAGGGAAUUUCUCUUAAAUAAAGGGAAACGUUGACAGCUAUGGUGUGGUGUGCCUGCCUUGAGUCAUUCUCUCACAUAUAUAUAUAUAUAUAUAUAUAUAUAUAUAUAUAUAUAUAUGUUUUACAUUUUGGUUUUACAUUCAAACACAAAAGACAAUCAUAAAAUGUAGAAUUCUCUGAAUUCUCAGACUUCCUUCCUCCCCUCCAUGGAGUCCGCAAAUCAUCACAUUCCACUGCAUAUCAUAUCGUCCUCUAUUUGUCCACAAAACUCAACUUUUCCCACAGUUCUUUUGCACAUUGCAAGUGUUAUUGCAGUGCCAUUAAUAUUUGUAAUUGUUUACAGUGUUCUUUCAACUAGAUUACGAAUUUCCCCCAGUCCUUACUGAAGUUUUUAUCAUCCUGGUUUCUGAUUUUUUUUCCAGCCAUUUUGGUGUAGCCCAUUGGGUCCUUGGGUCAUUCUCAGUUGCACAGAAUCCUAGAGUUGGUAGGGACACCAAGGGUCAUCUAGUCCAACCCCCUGCAAGGCAGAAAUCCUGAAGAAGCAUCCUCACUCCCAUCGUUCAGCCCGGACACUGAGGUCCAGCUCCGAGGGCCUUCUGGCGGUUCCCUCCCUGUGAGAAGAGAAGUUACAGGGAACCAGACAGAGGGCCUUCUUGGUGGUGGCACCCACCCUGUGGAACGCCCUCCCAUCAGAUGUCAAGGAAAUAAAUAACUCUACAAGUUUUUGUAUACAUCUGAAGGCAGCCCUGUUUAGGGAACUUUUUAUGUUUGACGUUUUAUUGUGUUUUAAAUAUUUUGUUGGGAGCCACCCAGAUUGUCUGGGGCAACCUAGCCAGAUGGGCGGGGUAUAAAUAAAUUAUAUUAUUAUAAUAUAAUAAUAAAUUAUAAUAUUACAGUGGUACCUCGGGUUACAUAUGCUUCCAGUUACAGACUCCGCUAACCCAGAAAUAUUACCUCGGGUUAAGAACUUUGCUUCAGGAUGAGAACAGAAAUCGUGCUCCAGCGGCGCGGCAGCAGCAGGAGGCCCCAUUAGCUAAAGUGGUACCUCAGGUUAAGAACAGUUUCAGGUUAAGAAUGGACCUCCAGAACGGAUUAUUCUUAACGCAAGGUACCACUGUGUAUGCUGUUUUAAAAGCUCACAUCACUCAUGCCCACAGGCAAGCCAUAUACCCCUUUAAAAAUAGUCCCAGAAUGUAGAGCUCAGCUUCUGAAAACCAUUUCCAAUAAUCUGAAAAACUGGAGUAGAAUUAUGCAAGAGAAAGCAUGCAAGAAUAGUGAAUUCUAUUGGGUUUUAGCUGGUAUGUCAGGACUGAAGCCUAUAAGGGUAUUUCACCUGCAUAUCACGUGUUUAGAUUAGGAUGAGCCAUCGUGCACCCAAUUUAAUUCAUGCGGAUUUGCCAUAUACUGGUUUUUUGUGUGUAUUUUGUUUGGCCAUUAUCCUAGCUGCUUUGGAAUUUGAAAAGUGGAUUAUAAUCAGACUCAGACAUGGAAUGAGCCAGGCCGGUAGAGGCUUGGGGUUGUUUCUUUCGGCCUUGGUGUAGGCAAGGACCGCCUGGGAGCUGGAUUUAAAAGCCAGGCUUCGUUUCCAUAGCAACCUGGAGAGAGAAAUGACCAGCUACCCAAAGAGGUCAGUUGCUCGAGAAUGGAUAAGACAGAUCUGAAAUCUGCGGAGGGCUGCCUUCCCAGCCUGACAGAGCAGCGAAGGGUCGCAGCCCCACGAGUGACCAAAGCGAAAGAACUCAAUGCCCUCACUUUUCUUGACAGGGGUGGAAAUGGAGAGACAGGGCCAUCAAUGAACAAAUUGCUGCAGCACACCUCUGGCAGAAUAGCAGAAUUGUAGAGUUGGAAGGGACCAUCCAGGGUCAUCUAGUCCAACCCCCUGCAAGGCAGGAAUAUUUCGCCCAAGGUGGGACUCAAACCCGAGAUUAAAAGCCUCAUGCUCUACCACCUGAGCCACCAAGGCAGAUAUUGGCAAGAGAUCACCAGCAACCAGUGUCUGACAUGAAAACCUUACACAUGCCAACUGGGUGGCCCACCAUCUCCCACCCUCCAGGGCUGCCUUUCUCAACCUGCAGGUCACCAGAUGUUGUUGAACUACACCUCCCAUCACCCCUAGCUAGCAAGGCCAGAGCUCAGGGAUGAUGGGAGUGGUAGUCCAGCAACAUCUGGAGACCCACAGGUUGAGAACCGCUGCUCCAGAGUCUAAAAUUCAUCUCCGACACUUAAACAGAAGGAGUUUCCAAGGGCAGCUGCUGGCACACUAAAAGCCCAGGUCUUCUUCAGCAAUGAAAUGGGCCUUCGGGUGAGAAGCCAUCUGCAAGAGGCCCUCUCUGGCAGAGCGCAGUGGGGUAUACAUGGGGUGAUACGAUCUUUUAGGUUACACCUUGUUCUCUCUUCCCCCCGCCCCAUAAACCCUCUCCAGACUGCCAAAGUGGGAGAGAGGGUUGCUAAGGGUUGCCAGAUGCUGAGCCGGAGAUUGUGCUUUGAAAAAGUCCAGAGGUUAGCUGUAUAAGUAAUAAUAAUAAAAGCGAAACAAAAGAAGUGCCAUGGUCAGAUCACUUCCUGGUGCAACAGGACUUCUCUGCGACCCUUCCCCUCUGCAGGGAGGUGGGACUAAUUCGGAUGGUCCGCCCCCGCCACUUAAUGGAUCCAAAUGGUUUCCAGAGAGUGGUAGGGGAUGCUUUAGCCCAUGUUGAUGGCCUUUCAGAUGAUUCCCUGGUGGCCCGCUGGAAUGCGGAGUUAACCAGGGCUAUUGACUGUCUGGCUCUGAAGCGCCCUCUCCGAUUGCAUGGAGCCCGGACAGCCCCAUGGUUUUCCCCGGAGCUGAGGGCGAUGAAACAAUCACUGAGACGGCUAGAGUGCCAGUGGUGGAAACUCAUUCUGAAUUAGACCAGACACGGGCUAGAGCUCAACGUCGAGCCUACUAAGUGGCGACGAAGAAGACCUUCUUCACCGCCUCUUAUUGCAUCUGUAGAAAACAGCAGCAGGAGACUCUUUCAGGUGGUUCGCAAUCUAUCGGAACCACCUUCGUCACCGGGGCUGGAAGGGACCCCAAGAUCUCCUGCAAUGCUUUUGCAAAGUUUUUUGCAGAUAAAAUCACUCAAAUUUGGAAGGAGGUAGACUCCACCGUGAGAGCAGGGCUGGGGCAGGAGAGUGCUAGAGUCGCACGAUUUCUGUUCUCAUCCUGAAUCAAAGUUCUUAACCCGAGGAACUAUUUCUGGGUCAGCGGAGUCUGUAACCUGAAGCGUAUGUAACUUGAAGAGUCUGCAACCCGAGAUACCGCUGUCAUCUUCUUCUUCUUUGACGAUGGCUCGUAGCCGAGUAAGAUUGUCUUCCAUAAACACGGUUUUAACAAUGAGUCUGUAAGUGACUGUGGAGCCCAAUUCUGAAUCCACACGUCCUUCCACAGUGGAGACAUUGGUUUCCAGGCAGGAGUUGAUCACGGUGUGGAUUUGCCGUGUGCCUUCCUCCUAGCACGUUUCUCCCUUGCGUCCUGAGUUCGAGUGUCUUCAAAGCCCAUGAGUGUCUUCAAAGCCCAUGGUAAAGGCUGUUCUCCAACUGGAGCACUCACAGGCCAGUGUUUCCCAAUUGUUGGUGUUUAUAUUACAUUUUGUUAGAUUUGCCUUGAGACAGUUUUUAAACCUCUUUUGCUGACCACCAGCAUUACGCUUUCCAUUUUUAAGUUCGGAAUAGAGUAGUUGCUUUGGAAGACAAUCCGGCAGGAAGGUAAACGGCGUUUCCAUGCGCUGCUCUGGUUCACCAGAAGCGGCUUAGUCAUGCUGGCCACAUGACCCAGAAGCUGUAUGCCGGCUCCCUCAGCCAAUAAAGUGAGAUGAGCGCUGCAACCCCAGAGUCGGCCACGACUGGACCUAAUGGUCAGGGGUCCCUUUACCUUUACCUUAACUUAUAUGUGUGCAUGCACCAUUAGGAACUGUAUUGUUGAUAGAAAUGAAAUGCGUCUCACCAUAGCACAGGGCAAAGCACUGACAGUUUCAUGGCAGUCACGGCCACACAGCCGUUCCACCUUCUAAGAUUAUACAAUGAUCUUAUAAUUAUGCGAUAAGAAUUAUUAGGGAUUAAUUUCUAGGAUUAAGGCAGAUGGCCACGCGUCGCCUUUUCAGCCAAAUCUACUGUUUUCUGUGCACCGGGAAAUGGUUUGGUGUGUGCCAAUAGCUUUCGGAGGGACUUGUGUUUUCCUUGGAGCUCCAUUGCGUGCAACAGAACUUGCCCACCAACCUCUCGAAACCAAAGCACCUUGCUUUUUCAGUGUUCCUAAAUGCAUACAGAACUUCUCCUUGCUCUUCUUCCCAUGCCUCUUCUCCAGAGUGACCUCGGGAGCCAGUCCUCAGCGGCUGACUUCUCUUCCUCUGAUCGGCUGCAAUCUGUGCAAAGGUGGGAAUUCUUCUCUCAGUAAAAAAUAUUUUCUUUCCUGCUGAUCGGGCAUCUCUUAGCAGGACAGGCCCUCUGCAAACCAGAGCACAGCCCAACGUGUUGAGGUGCCUCAGGAGAAGAUGGAGAAGAUUAUAGCCUUCUUCAAACAUCUGAAGGGUUCUCACAGGGAAGAUGGAAUAAGCUUGUUUCCUCCUGCUCUGGAGGAUGGGACCCCAACCUAUGGAUUCAAGGGACAAGAAAGCAGAUUCAGGAAGAAUUUUCUGAAAGCAAGAGCUGUUUGACAGUGGAACAGACUCCUUCGGAAGACGGUCCUUCCUUGGAAAUGACCACCUUGGGAUCCCUUCCAAAACUGCAGCUCUUUGAUUCUCGCCCUGACCUAGCCACUGUGAUCCACGCGACAGUCACCUCCAGACUGGAUUAUUGUAACUCGCUCUAUGUGGGGCUGCCCUUGAGACUGACCCAGAAACUCCAGCGGGUGCAGAAUGCCAUGGCGAGGUCCUCGCUGCAGGAUCACAUUCACCCGGUGCUGUGCCAGCUGCAUGGCUCCCAGUGGAGUACAGGAUCAGGAUUAAGGUGCUGGUUUUAACCUUCAAAGCCCUAUACGGCCUAGGACCCUCGUACCUACGGGACCACCUCUCCUGGUAUGUCCCAUGGAGGACCUUACGGUCUUCAAACAAAAACAUGUUGGAGGUCCCAGGCCACAGGGAGGUUAGGCUGGCCUCAACCAGAACCAGGGCUUUUUCGGCCGUGGCUCCAAUCUGGUGGAACUCUCUGUCACAAGAGACUAGGGCCCUGCGGGACUUGACAUCUUUCCGCAGGGCCUGCAAGACAGAGCUGUUCCACCAGGCCUUUGGCCAGGGCACAGCCUGAUCCCCUCCUUUGGCAAUCCUCACAGAACUCUAGCCCAAUGGUUGCCAUUAAUUUGAUUUGAACUGAUUUUAUAAUGAAAUGAUUUUAGAAUGUUGUAUUAUUUUACUGUUGAUAGCCGCUCUGAGCCCGGCAUCGGCUGGGGAGGGCGGGAUAUAAAUAAAAUAUCAUCGUCAUCAUCAUGUCACCAUGCAGGUAAUAUUUUCCUCCAGAGGACAUUCUUCGGUACCAUAGAUAAAGGUUCUGUCUCGUUCUGCCAUUGAGCCACCUCCAGCCUUGCCACCAGCAGAGGAGAAAUCAUUUCCUUAAACAACAGGUCCUUCUUCAUUUCCUCUAACCAACUGAGCAACACCAGCAGAGGAACUGAAUGUGUAUCCUGCCUCACAACGGCUGAGACUCACCCAAAUAUCUGCUGCCAAAACAAUUAUGUCACCAAACAGCUGAUCAGAGCCGACAGCAAGCCCUCAGGGAAGUGCUUCCUUCGCUGGCAUGGUUUGAAAUCAAACCACGUGGGCAAAGGGAGCAGAGUUUGUGGCCAUCGGCCGGCUGGCAGCGAGAGGGGUGGCACCAGAUCCUAAUCUCGGCUCUUCUUCAUCACAUCCAGCUUGGUCCUCUUCUUAAAACCGCUCCAGUGUUCAUCUGCAUCCGCUCCAGACUCUUGGUGUGAAAGGAUAUAAUAAUAUAAUAAUAAUUUAUUAUUUGUACCCCGCCCAUCUGGCCCAACAUGCAACAAACCCACAGCCCUGAGAUUAAGCGUCUCAUGCUCUACUGACUGAGCUAUCCAGCCCUGAGUCCCAUGAGGCUUACUCCCAAGUCAGGGUGUGUAGGAUGGCAGCCGAAGAGGGUUGAAUUAGGCCCUGUGUUUCAAACUCUUUUUAGUUCCUCAUUCCCUUUUAAAAAAUAUAAUAAAUGUCUCCUUUCCCAUACCUGCUAAAUCGCAGCAGCAGCUCAGCGGGCACACAGCUUGCUCUCUGGACAAUGCCUACCUUGUCCUGCCAACAGCAUUUCCACAACCAGAUCCUCUGUAGCUUAGUGAAGGAGUUACUGUUUCUCUAACCGCCUCUCUGGUGUGCAAUAACAAGCAGAAACAGGCAUCCUUUUGGAAUACCUUAGCAGGAGAUUGUAAAGUUAAGAUGAGGUUUUGCUUCAGCAUCAAUGGAACCUUUGCAUUCGUUUGCUUGGUACGUCUGAUUUUGUCACCAUGCUAACUUUUGCUUCGAAACCUUAAACAAAUUUGCCCUUUUUCCGGUGCAUUAACGAUGUUUUGUGCGCAUGAUAGAAUCACUUCCAUGCAUUCAAUACUUGUUUGUGCCUGCAAAAGUUUUUGCAGUGGACAUACUUCUUCGUCUCUGGUCCAUGCACGUCACGUAGGCUCCUGCUAAAACCCUGCAAGUUUUUACAAUAAUAUUCCAGUUUAAUUUUUGUCCUCUUUUCAUUGCACAGAGCACAAGGGCGCCCUUCACCUCAAGGGCAAUAAAGGCUUUACAUUGGGGAAGCAUUGCAGGACAUGUAAGCAGACUGAUAAAUCAAUCACUAAAUGCACUGGUAUUGCAUCAAUGACAGUCUGGAAGGGCCAAAAAUUCCCAUAUCUGAUUUGGGAGCUGGGUUUGCAGAAGACAGAGGAAAAUACAGAUUUUCCAUAUCAGAAAAUAAUUUUAAAAUUUGGUUUUAGAUGAUUAUGGAGGCUUUCAUUAUAGCAAUGCCCAGCCCUGACCUAUGAAGACUCUAGUAUAGCAUAUUGUCUCUGUGGCUCUCGGGAAAUGAGCGCAAGCUAACAAAAUGAAUUUCAGUAGGGACAAACAUAAGGUUCUGCACUUAGGCAGGAAGAACCAGAUGCACAAAUAUAAGACGGGGGGACACCUGGCUUACUAGCAGUACAUGUGAAAAGGAUCUAGGGGUCUUGGUGGACCACAAGCUGAACAUGAGUCAAUCGUGUGAUGCAGCAGCAAAAAAAGCUAACGCUAUUCUAGGCUGCAUCAACAGAAGUCUAGAGUCCAGGUCAAGGGAAGUAAUAGUACUACUCUAUUUUGCCUUAGACUACACCUGGAAUACUGUGUCCAAUUCUGGGCACCGCAAUUUAAGAAGGAGGUUGACCAGCUGGAAGGUGUGCAGAGGAGGGCAACCAAGAUGAUCAAAGGUCUAGAAACUAAGCCUUAUGAGGAGCUCUUGAAGGAGCUGGGUAUGUUUAGCCUGGAAAAGAGGAGACUGAGAGGAGAUAUGAUAGCCACAUGGAGGAGGGAGCAUGCUUGUUUUCUCCUGCUCUGGAGGGGAAGACUCGAACCCAUGGCUUCAAGUCGCAAAAAAGGAGAUUCCAAAAAAAAACAUUUGGAAAAGCUUUCUGACAGUAAGAGCUGCUCAGCAGUGGAACAGACUCCCAGGAGAGGUGGUGAACUCUCCUUCCUUGGAGAUUUUUAAGCAUCUGUCCUGGAUGUUUUAGUUGAGAUUCCUGCUUUGCAGGGGGUUGAACUAAAUGACCUUUGGGGGUCCCUUUCAACUCUAAGCGUCUAUGAUAGGGGGUCGCGCCAUCCCCUUGUUCCUUUCCCUUUUCUUUUUUAUUGAAGAUUUGGUGUGUUACAAUACAGUCAUACCUCAUGUUACGUCCGCUUCAUGUUCUGUUCUUUCAGGUUGCGUCCCGCGGUGACCCGGAAGUACCGGAAAGGGUUGCUUCCGGGUUUCGCCGCUCGCACAUGCACAGAAGUGCUAAAUCGUGCUUUGCGCAUGCGCACAAGCGCCAAAUCAUGCCGCGCACCUGCGCAGAUACAGUGCUUCAGGUUGCAGGCUUUUCAUGUUGCGAACGGACCUCUGGAAUGGAUCCCAUUCGCAACCAGAGGUACCACUGUACAAGCAAAUAAGCAUGGAAAAAGAACAUAUAGCCUCUCCACUUUCAGUAUGAGAUACUAUUAUCCAAGAUAUUGCAGGGAAAGAGAGGAGAGAGAUAGGUGUGCAGGGGGGAUAAUGAUCUUUUGUUCUAUUGCAUAGUGUUUGCGCCGGGAUUUUGGGGUCAGUGUCAUGCGGCAUGGUCCUUUAUUUGUAUAGUUAUUUAUUUUUGUUGGCAUAGCAAGAUAUUGGAAGGUCCAGAUCUUGGUUUGUUGUAUUUACUUGGUUUGCAGUAUGGUUUGUUUGUGUGUGUAUAGACCACCAGUGCCAAAAUGUACCUACUAGGAAAAUUAACCAACAAACUUAGACUAGCACUGGGACAAGCAAAAGAGGUCCGUUUUAGCCGGACGUGACUCCCCUUUAUCCCAUAUCCAGAACAACAAGACAAAGCAUACGAAUCAAUGCGUUUGGUCCUUUUCUGAACUUUCACCACCCUCUUUUCUGCAAAUCCCUAUCAUUCUUAUUUACAUAUUCAUGAGCAGGAGUUGCAAUGCCAUUUUGAGGCUCACGUGACCAAUCAUAGAAUAGAAUCAUAGAAUCAUAGAGUUGGAAGAGACCACAAGGGCCAUCGAGUCCAACCCCCUGCCAAGCAGGAAACACCAUCAGAGCACUCCUGACAUAUGGUUGUCAAGCCUCUGCUUAAAGACCUCCAAAGAAGGAGACUCCACCACACUCCUUGGCAGCAAAUUCCACUGUCGAACAGCUCUUACUGUCAGGAAGUUCUUCCUAAUGUUUAGGUGGAAUCUUCUUUCUUGUAGUUUGGAUCCAUUGCUCCGUGUCCGCUUCUCUGGAGCAGCAGAAAACAACCUUUCUCCCUUCUCUAUGUGACAUCCUUUUAUAUAUUUGAACAUGGCUAUCAUAUCACCCCUUAACCUCCUCUUCUCCAGGCUAAACAUGCCCAGCUCCCUUAGCCGUUCCUCAUAAGGCAUCGUUUCCAGGCCUUUGACCAUUUUGGUUGCCCUCCUCUGGACACGUUCCAGUUUGUCAGUGUCCUUCUUGAACUGUGGUGCCCAGAACUGGACACAGUACUCCAGGUGAGGUCUGACCAGAGCAGAAUACAGUGGCACUAUUACUUCCCUUGAUCUAGAUGCUAUACUCCUAUUGAUGCAGCCCCAGAAUUGCAUUGGCUUUUUUAGCUGCCGCGUCACACUGUUGGCUCAUGUCAAGUUUGUGGUCAACCAAGACUCCUAGAUCCUUUUCACAUGUACUGCUCUCAAGCCAGGUGUCACCCAUCUUGUAUUUGUGCCUCUCAUUUUUUUGCCUAAGUGCAAUACUUUACAUUUCGCCCUGUUAAAAUUCAUCUUGUUUGUUUUGGUCCAGAUCUCUAAUCUGUCAAGGUCGUUUUGAAGUGUGAUCCUGUCCUCUGGGGUGUUAGCCACCCUCCCAGUUUGGUGUCAUCUGCAAAUUUGAUCAGGAUGCCCUUGAGUCCAUCAUCCAAGUCGUUGAUAAAGAUGUUGAAUAAGACCGGGCCCAUGACAGAACCCUGUGGCACCCCACUAGUCACUCUUCUCCAGGAUGAAGAGGAACCAUUGAUGAGCACCCUUAGGGUUUGGUCAGUCAGCCAGUUACAAAUCCACUGAGUGGUAGCAUAGUCAAGACCGCAUUUUACCAGCUUCUUUACAAGAAUAUCAUGGGGCACCUUGUCAAAUGCCUUGCUGAAAUCAAGGUAGGCUACAUCCACUGCGUUUCCUUCAUCUACCAGGCUUGUAAUUCUGUCAAAAAACGAGAUCAGGUUAGUCUGACAUGACUUAUUUUUCAGAAAUCCAUGCUGACUAUUGGUGAUCACAGCAUUCCUUUCUAGGUGCUCACAGACUGUUUGCUUAGUGAUCUGCUCCAGAAUCUUCCCUGGUAUUGAUGUCAGACUGACUGGGCGGUAAUUAUUUGGGUCCUCUCUUUUCCCCUUUUUGAAAAUAGGGACAACAUUUGCCCUCCUCCAGUCUGCCGGGACUUCGCCUGUUCUCCAGGAAUUCUCAAAGAUGACUGCCAGUGGUUCUGAGAUCGCAUCUGCCAGUUCUUUUAAUACUCUUGGAUGCAGUUCAUCUGGCCCUGGAGACUUGAAUACAUCUAGACUAGCCAAGUAUUCUUGUACUAUCUCCUUAGUUAUUCUGGGCUGUGUUUCCUCUGCUGAAUCAUUUGCUCCAAAUUCUUCAGGUCGGGCAUUGUUUUCUUUAUCGGAGAAGACUGAGGCAAAGAAGGCAUUGAGGAGUUCAGCCCUUUCUGUGUCCCCUGUUUGCAUUUCACCAGCUUCUCCUCUGAGUGACCCCACUGUUUCUUUGUUCUUCCUUUUGCUACGGACAUACCCAUAAAAGCCUUUUUGUUGCUUUUAACCUCUCUAGCAAGCCUGAGUUCAUUCUGUGCUUUAGCUUUUCUGACUUUGUGUCUACACGUGCUGGCUAUUUGUUUGAAUUCCUCUUUGGUGGUUUCCCCCUUUUCCAUUUUUGUACACAUCCUUUUUUAAUCUUAACUCAGUUAAAAGUUCUUUAGAUAGCCACCCUGGCUUCUUUAGGCACCUUCCAUGUUUCCGUCUCAUUGGUAUUGCCUGAAGUUGUGCUUUUACUAUCUCCCUCUUAACAAACUCCCAGCCAUCAUGAACUCCCUUUCCUUUUAGUUUUAGACCAAACGCCUCCAGGCUGUUGUGAGCUGUUGUGCCUGUUAAAUCUUUGCUACUUGCCAACAUUCGAGGGAGAAAAUCUGCGAGUGCCUGAAAAUAACAUAAAUGUCAUCUGUCAACGUUCCAGUGCGGGGCGUCUCGCUUGCCAUCAAUUAGCUGGCUGUCCAGAUCUUGUUUAACUAAGCAGUGCUUCCCAUCCGUUACAAAGUUCUGUUUCCCAUUUUUCUUUCUCUUUUUUCUUUCUUUCUUUGCCAGCUAAACAAUCCAGAGAUCUUCCAUUACGGAGUUUUAAAAACCUCCCAGUACUUUUAAUAGCACAUUUGAGCCUUUGCAGAAUGAAUAUUUCCCCUCCUCCCUUGAAAAAGGGCAGUGAAAAACCAAGAAGGCUUAAGCUGAGCUAGAGCUUUCUGGAGCAUAAGCCCAAAACCUCUUUGCAAAAAAAGCUAUACAGUGGUACCUCGGGUUACAUACGCUUCAGGUUACAGACUCCGCUAACCCAGAAAUAGUCCCUUGGUUUAAGAACUUGGCUUCAGGAUGAGAACAGAAAUUGUGCUCCGGCGGCGUGGCAGCAGGAGGCCCCAUUAGUUAAAGUGGUGCUUCAGGUUAAGAACAGAUCUCCAGAACGAAUUAAGUACUUAACCUGAGGUACCACUGUACUAAAUUAUAGGAUGCAGCAAUCAAUCAAUCAAUCAAUCAAUCAAUCGACGGUCCUGAGAGAUCUGCAUUGGCUCCCAGUACGUUUCCAAGCACAAUUCAAAGUGUUGGUGCUGACCUUUAAAGCCCUAAAUGGCCUCAAUCCAGUAUACCUGAAGGAGCUUCUCCACCCCCAUCGUUCAGCCCAGACACUGAGGUCCAGCGCCGAGGGCCUUCUGGUGGUUCCCUCAUUGCGAGAAAUGAGGUUACAGGGAAUCAGGCAGAGGGCCUUCUCGGUGGUGGCACCCGCCCUGUGGAACGCCCUCCCACCAGAUGUCAAGGAAAUAAACAACUAUCCAACUUUCUGAAGGCAGCCCUGUUUAAGGAAGUUUUUAAUGUUUGAUGUUUUAUCGUGUUUUUAAUAUUCUGCUGGGAGCCGCCCAGAGUGGCUGGGGAAACCCAGUCAGAUGGGUGGGGUAUAAAUGAAUUAUUAUUAUUAUUAUUAUUAUUAUUAUUAUUGAUUCAAAUGGUUCUUUUGUAUGUUGCAGAAUUCCUACAAUGAGGGCACUUUCCUCAUCGGAAAUAAUCUGUAAUCCAGCCUGCUGGCAAGGGCUGAUGGGAAUUGUAGUACAAAACAUCUGGAAGGCACCAAGUUGGCAAAGACUGGUAUAAUCUGUCCGUUGAGCAUCAUAUGCUAGGGCAGUGAUGGCCAAAGCUGGCCCUCCAGCUGUUUUGGAACUACAACUCCCAUCAUCCCUGACCACUGGUCCUGUUAUCUAGGGGUGAUGGGAGUUGUAGUACCAAAACAGCUGGAGGACCACGUUUGGCCAUCACUGUGCUAGGGCCAUGAUAGGAUAGACCUCUGGAAGCCACGCUUGGCAGUGUGUAAAGCGGCCUACGUUCUGAAGGAGAAGACAGGUGGUAUCAGCUCUCGAACAGCGGAACUGGUCUGAAAGCACAGGGGUGUGUAGCAAGCUGCAAUUGGAAUCCACCUAGCCCAGUAUUGUCUGCACUGACCACCAGCAGCUGCUCCGCAGGAUUCGAACCUAGUACCCAGAAACCGGAUCAACAUCGGGACAUUGUGAGAGAACACCGUAUAUUUGAAGCUCCGUAGUAUCACUCUGAGUCGUGGCUUCCCGCCAAAUGACCCUGGGAGCUGUAGGGUUUUUUUAAGUUGCUAAGUUUUGUUAAGGAUGCUGGUGGCGCUGUGGGUUAAACCACAGAGCCUAGGACUUGCUGAUCAGGUCAGCGGUUCGAAUCCCCGCGACGGGGUGAGCUCCCGUUGCUCGGUCCCUGCUCCUGCCAACCUAGCAGUUCAAAGCACAUCAAAGUGCAAGUAGAUAAAUAGGUACCGCUCCAGUGGGAAGGUAAACGGCAUUUCCGUGCGCUGCUCUGGUUUGCCAGAAGCGGCUUAGUCAUGCUGGCCACGUGACCCGGAAGCUGUACGCCAGCUCCCUUGGCCAAUAAAGCGAGAUGAGCGCCACAACCCCAGAGUCAGCCACGACUGAACCUAAUGGUCAGGGGUCCCUUUACCUUUAAGUUUUGUUAAGAGACCUCUUGCCUCCCAGGGAGCUGCAAUUCAUAGAAUCACAGAAUUGGAAGGGACCUUGAGGGCCAUGUAAUCUGACCCCCUGAAAUGCAGGAAUCUCAACAUGUGGUUUCCCGUCCAAUCUGGAACCACCCUGGACCCUGCUUAGCUUUGCAAAUCGUGUUCGCGAUUUCACUGCUGCGCCCCUAGGUGGUUCGAUUCCCAGAGUUCCCAUGAAGAGGAACUGAUUAUUAAAACCCUUUUUGAACGGUGGUUCCUGGAGCGGGAAUAACAGCUCUCAGCAUUCGCAACAAACUAGAACUCCCAGGAUUCUUUUUUGGUGGUGGGUGGGGAGCCAUGACUGUGCAAAGUCAUAUCGUAGCGCUUUAAAUGUAUGCUGCAAUUGCAGUGUUCAAAUGAGGUUGCUCAUCUGAGUUUUUAUGGUUUUUCCUGUCUGUGUGCCCAGAAAUAAGUGCAACUGUCCUGUUUCCACCUUAUCUUCUCUGUUCCUCACAUGCAGAUCUCUGGUUUUGAAACGUCUUGCUUCCGACUGCUCAAACUCCCAUCGCCUUUCGGCAUAUUUUGAAUUUUCGGGGGGGGGGGCGGGAAUUCCUCUGAAGGUGGGAAAGAGAGAUCGAGAUUGGAACUCAGCGCUGCCAAGUCAGCAAGAGUCACAAUGCCCUCCUUGUUUCUGAGACAAGGAAAAACAUACAUCUAUUUCUUUUGACCUGCGGAACGGGGUGGGGAGCUAUUCCUUCUCCUCUCUUGCCAAACCCUUUUGAAACCUCGCUUCCCUGAGAUACGCUGAGCAAACCAUCGCCCUACGCCAGCAUGCUAAUGAAGCCGUCUCCAUGGAAACGGGCUCAUUACCACUCAUUUUUGCUGGCCCCUUUCCAGUCGGGCUCCGCUCGUCUUUCAAAAUUUCAAACCGCACAUCAUAAAUAAAAAAGAGAUUAUAUUUUAUUUUAUUUUAUUUAAAAAAAUGCCAAGGGCUGAGAAAAAAAGAAAGAAAGCAAAAAGCUGAAUGUGAAUCGACUUCCUUGUCCCCAUUAAGAAACCUUGUCAGUUCCAAAAAAAGCCGGAAGAAUUUUUUGCUAGGCUUGGUGGGAGAAGAUAUUAAGAAGACAGACCAAAGAUUAUAUCUGUAUGCAACAACAGCAGCUAGAGUUUUGAUAGCCCAAAAGUGGAAGUCACAGGAGAUUCCGACUGUAAGGGAAUGGCAGAUAAAGUUGGUCGAAUACGCUGAAAUGGCAAAAUUGACACACAGAAUUCGCAAUCAGGAGGAGACGAAGUACCAAAAAGAAUGGAGUAAAUUUAUAGUUUAUAUAAGUGAGAACUGUAGAAAUAUGAAAACGUUGGCAGGAUUGAAUUAAGUCUUAUGUCACGCUGUAAUUCUUAACCAAUGAAACUGUGAAUUAUAGAUUGGAAUAAGAAAACUUGCGGAAGGGAAGGACGGAAGUCAACGGCUCUAUGGAGCAUAAAGUAGGAUAUAUGUAAUAAGACUUGAUGUUUUUGUUGGUUGGUGUUGGUGUUCUUAAAUCUCAAUAAAAAGCAUUUGGAAAAAGAAAAAAGAAACCUUGUCGGAAUCCCCAGCGAAAAAAAGUCAAAAUACCAAACAGAAAUCUUAGAGGGUAGAACAAAACUUUUGUCUAAAAUGUACGACUGUUUGCUCGAAUGGAACACCAAGGAUGAAAGAAGUCAUGAUAAAAUGGGCAGUCGACUUUGGUUACAAUAUUGAGUACAACAACUGGGUAAGACUAUGGAAGGAAGGUAUGAGGUUUACAGCGUGCUCCACCUUAAAAGAAAACCUAGGGGAAAUGAUGUACCAGUGAUAUAUUAAAGUGUAAGGGGACCCCUGACCAUUAGGCCCAGUCGUGGCCGACUCUGGGGUUGCGGCGCUCAUCUCGCUUUAUUGGCCAAGGGAGCCAGUGUACAACUUCCGGGUCAUGUGGCCAGCAUGACUAAGCCGCUUCUGGCGAACCAGAGCAGCGCACGGAAACACUGUUUACCUUCCCGCCGGAGCAGUACCUAUUUAUCUACUUGCACUUUGACGUGCUUUCGAACUGCUAGAUGGGCAGGAGCAGGGACCGAGCAACGGGAGCUCACCCCGUCGCAGGGAUUCGAACCGCCGACCUUCUGAUCAGCAAGUCCUAGGCUCUGUGGUUUAACCCACAGCACCACCCGUGUCCCUUGGUGAUAUAUUACCCCAGUUAAAUUGGCAAAAAUGUACAGAUUGAGUAAUAAAGCCUGCUGGAAGUGCAAAUUAAAGGACGGCGAAUUCUACCAUAUGUGGUGGACAUGUGAAAAGAUGAAAAAGUUUUGGGACUCGAUAUAUAAUGAGUUGAAAAAACUUUUCAAAUAUGCAUUCCCAAAGAAACCGGAGGCUUUUUUAUUAGGGAUAAUAGGAGAGGAAGUGAGAAAAGAAGACCGUAAAUUAUUUCAGUACGCCACGACUGCCGCUAGGAUUCUCGUGGCCCAAAAGUGGAAAUCCCAGGAGAUCCCAACCAUAAUGGAGGGGCAGACAAAAUUAUUUGAAUAUGCAGAAUUGGCAAAAAUGACCUCUAAAAUUCGAGACCAAAAAGUGACAAAGUUUGAAGAGGAGUGGAGUAAAUUUGUUGUGUGCAUACGAAUUAAUUGCAGAAGUUUAGAAACUGUAGCAGGGCUAAUAUAAAUCCUGUGAUGGGAAUAGAGGGCAAAUAUGAAUCUGUAAGAGAAGACGUAAAUUAGGAAAACCGAAGCAGGGCAGGAGGGAAGUCCGGGCGCGAAAUUGUGCAGGGUAAAUAAGACGACACAAAAUGUUGAAUGUAAAAGUUUAAAUUUUAUUUAUGUUUGUGAAAAUCAAUAAAAUGCAUUUGGAAAAAAAAGAAAAGAAACCUUGUCAGAAUCCCAAAACAUCCCAAGUGCUUGGAAGGAGAGGGAGGGGAACAAAUGCAAAAUGUGGUUUUCAAAAGUUUUUUUCCAACCUUGAUGCAAGGGCUUGGCGGGCAGCAGGUAGCCAAAAACUGACAGGUGGAGUAUUGCAGGUAGACUGCGCCUAAACAUGGAGGUUCUAUUUAACUCUCAUCUCCGGGCUAUUUUUCCUCCAUGCGGGAAGGGAAAAGCCAUUUAAGCUAACAGUGACUCGGACAGGAAUGUGAAGGAACCGCUAGGCUAAGCUGGCCUCCUCUUCUAAAGAUUUGUGAUACGGUACGUUACAAUGUUUAAGUUGCUGUCAUGUUUAAAACUACGCUUGACAUUAGUUGCAACACAGGCUUUGAAGUUUGAAACGUCUUCUUCUUUUCCUCUUAUGUGUUUACUUCCUUGGCUCCCGUGCGCGUCCUCUGUUUGGGUUCCCUCGUACAUUUCGCUUACUUUUCAAGUAUACACACAUAUAUAAAUUGUAAACAGGCGGAAUUUUGCCUUCGUUGGAAACCAGCAGUAAUGAGCCUUUUGCAAAUCCGAUUAAACGUUAGGAAGAACAAAUACAAAUUUAUUAUUUCAGUCGCAGACCAGUUCCAGCUCACAUACAGUAUCAGGGAAGUCAUAAAACACGAUAGGGAGACCCCACAGCUAAUUCUCCCCUGGCCUCCUCGCUGGCCCAAGUAGGACCAAUUCAGCCAGCUAGCCCUGGUGAUUAUCCAAUGCUUAUUUCCCCUAAAUUGAUUUUUGAUUUUUAUUGUUAUUCAUGUUUUUAUACUGUAUUUUAUGCUGCUUUUAUAACUAAGUGGUUUAUAUUUGUUGUUAGCCGCCCUGAGCCCGGUUUUUGAACCAGAAAGGGCAGGGUAUAAAUAAAAAAUUAUUAUUAUUAUUAUUAUUAUUAUUAUUAAUUUUGCAAUUGGGUAUAACAGGGACAAUACAGAUAUAACAGCAGUUAAAAAUAUGUAACAUAGAACCAAAACAGAACCAAAUAAACGUAAGUCUUAUAAGUCUCUGAAAGUCUUGGUAGACUGUGCAAGUCUCUGAAAGAAGCAAGGGGUCAGAUUCUUAUCUGGUGAAAACAAGCUGUAAAGCUUUGUUUUAUGAUGUCCAACGCUGCCGAAGUGGUCCACAAACAGACGUAGUGAACAGUGAUUAUAUAUAUAAACAUAUAUAUAUAUAGUUUUCAAGAGAAUCCAUCAAGAGUGCAUAUUUUGUGACUUUCAGUGAUUUAUAAGAUUUCUGUUUAUUUGGUUUUGCAGAGAGUGCAUAUUUCAUAUAUUUCAUACUGUUCAAUGUUCUGUAUACAUUAUAUAAAGAGUUUAUAUUGACAUCGCAUUGGUCAUUGUGUUGCCUUGGAUAUUACAAAUAAAAAUUUCGACCGGUGCUGGGGUGGGAACCUGUUUGCCAUCGCCCCAUUUUGGGACGGUGAAUUCCACAGGUGGGCACCCCAUUGUGCAGGGUUAUACCGGUUGAAUUAUGACCUGCCAUGCAGGUGUUAAAGGCCCAGGGGCUUUGCUGGGAGGGGAGGUGACAACUGAGGAUCAGAUCUUAAACAGGACCACCUGCCAGCAGUAAAGGGGAGGAGAAAGUAAUUAGCCAGCUGGAACCUAUAUAGAGAACAAAAGGCCAGGCCAAAGUUUCCUUUGCAAAGCGAGCGGGGAGCAUAGUCCUUGCAGAAACCCCCAAUUUCCCUAUCCAGAUCUUCAGUUUCUGUGAGUGCGUGAAAACUCUCAACCUUGUUGCUCUGUAAUCUCCUUUCUCUACAAGAAUCUGGGUGCUUUUAUUGCAAGGAAAGGUGGGUUUGCAAGCAUGCCGGCGUCCCACAGGUGAAGUUGGUGGAGAGUGUGUUAGGAAUUUUAUGGUCUUAGAUAUAUGGUAAUGUUCAUAACCGCACAUACAUAGAUCAGCACAGGAAGACCAACCUGGAACCAUUUUGAUUCCUAAACUGACCAAAUGUUUUCUCUGCAAGGUCAAAAUGGAAAAGCCUCCCCAUUGUCUCUUCCUUCACAAAUCCUGUCUUAAGGGUAUGUCUGUGUUUGAAUAAGGGUGUGAGCCUUAUCAUUACAAAAGACUGGCCAGGCUCCUCAGGCAAUCCAAUCAAGUAACCUGUCAGACAGGAAAUAAACAAGGAUAGGAGAAAAACAACAUGCAAAUGUUCUGUUUUAGACCACCUUUUCUGUGAUGUAUCUGAGAGGUGGUCUUAGGUUACACCCCUUCUGUGAUGUAUGUACUGUAUAAUGUUUCUGGGGGUGGUCUUGAUCUAGAGGAUGGGAAUUUCAAAAGUCUUUAUAAGCCCUUGCACAGCAUUUUUGUGGGUCCUCCUCCUUUUCUGCAUGUGAGGGGAGCACCCUGUUGCAACAGAUCAAUAAAGAUCAAGCUUACUAGCUGCUUUGCUUCUCAAUAUUCUCUGGUUGGCCUCUGUUAUUUUCUCCUACCAAUAGGGAACCUACGUAAGGACUCUAUAUGGGCUCUUGGAUACCCCAUAAGGGAAAAGGGCAUAUUUUUAUUUACAACAAGAGGCAUGCUAAGCCAGCCUUUGCCAAUUUGGCAGCCUCUGGAGGUUUGGGACUACAACUCCCAUCGGCCCCAAUUGGCAAAGGCCGCCUCUAAUAUAAUAAUACCGCCUCCCGGUUUGCCCCACGGACAGCCUUAAGGUCCAUAAAUAGCAAGACCCUAGAGGUCCCAGGCCCUAAGGAAGUCAGAUUAGCCUCAACCAGAGGCAGGGCCUUUUCAACACUGGCCCCAGCCUGGUGGAACACUCUGUCUCAUGAGACCAGGGCCCUGCAGGAUCUGAUUUCUUUCCGCAGGGCCUGUAAGACAGAGUUGUUCCGCCUGGCCUUUGGCUUGGAGCCAAUUUGAUUCCCUCCCCCUCUUUCUUUUUUCUUUUUCCUUUCUCCUGUGAUGAGGCUGCAUUUUAAUAUUUUAAUGUUUCAAUAUUUUAAUGUUGUAUUUUAAUCUUGUUUUUAAGUUGUAUUCAUUCAACUUGUUUUUAUUAUUGCUUGUUAGCCGCCCUGAGCCCAACCUUGGCUGGGGAGGGCGGGGUAUAAAUAAAAAUUAUUAUUAUUAUUAUUAUUAUUAAUAUGUAGUGAAAGUGGCUUGAACACCAAGCUGCAUUUGUUGCACGUUAUUUUAUGCUCUUGCUUCAAACCGGACGGGGUUCGUAUGCUGCCUGGAGAACUUGCAUUAUGAGGGGGUGGGUGAAAGCAAAGGGUAAACCUUUUUUGCGGCUAGGAGUGUGUGGUCAGAUGACUUCCGUUACAUUUCAGAACGUGCACCUCCCGUCUUCACCUGUAGGAUGUCUGCCUGCCUCCGGUCCAAUGAUCAUUGACAUAAACCAGCAUGAUUUGUGGCCAAAGUGAAUGCCCCGAGCACUUAAACCAGGAGUCAGCAAACUGUUUCAGCAGGGGGCCGGUCCACUGUCCCUCAGAGCUUGUGGAGGGCCGGACUAUAUAUUUGGGGGGGGGGGGGAUGAACGAAUUCCUAUGCCCCACAAAUAACCCAGAGAUGCAUUUUAAAUAAAAGGACACAUUCUACUUGUGUAAAAACACAGUGAUUCCCGGACCAUCCGUGGGCCGGAUUUAGAAGGCGAUUGGGCCGGAUGUGGCCCCCCGGGCCUUAGUUUGCCUACCCAUGGCUUAAACCUCCGCCUGUGCCUCUGCAGACCUGAAAACGUUUCUUGGGCUGCCUUUGAUGCGAGGCAGGUGUUGCUGGUUUUGCAGCUGGCUUUUAACGCACACAAACCAAACUGUUCUCGAGAUCAUUGUGUUCUCUUCCUGCUUCUCUGCCCCUGUGAAUACUUUCGUUUUAUUUUAUUGCAUGAGUGUACUGUGGGACUGUUCAGGGUGGCAGGAGAGGAUAUAUCGUUUAUUAAUAUCCUUCCUAACUUGUGCUAGCAGGUUCCUUAGCAGAGCUUACAUUCCCCUUCUCACGCACAGCAGGUAGCUGGUUGCAGGCUCGUGUGAGCUUCUCACUAUUAUACAAUUCAGUCUGUCUCGGAUAAAGCCCUAAACGGCCUCGGUCCUGUAUACCUGAAGGAGCAUCUCCACCCCCAUCGUUCAGCCCGGACACAGAGGUCCAGCUCCAAGGGCCUUCUGGCGGUUCCCUCAUUGCGAGAAGUGAGGUUACAGGGAACCAGACAAGAGGGCCUUCUCGGUAGUGGCGCCCACCCUGUGGAACGCCCUCCCUUCAGAUGUGAAGGAAAUAAGCAGCUAUCCUAUCUUUAAAAGACAUCUGAAGGCAGCCCGUUUAGGGAAGUUUUUAAUAUUUAAUGCUGUAUUGUUUUAAACACUUGAUUGGGAGCCGCCCAGAGUGGCUGGGGAAACUCAGCCAGAUGGGUGGGGUAUAAAUGAAAAAUUAUUAUUAUUAUUGUACGUUCCUGCUAGCUGAGAGCUAGCAGAGCAGUCCUAGCUAAAAGCUGGUCAAACGAAGAAGGAAGUAAAAAAACAGAGUGUGCUGCGUGACUCAUCCUUUUGUUACCUGGAAAGGUAAGGUCACGCCCACCUUCUAUCACAUGCAAAAAGAAGGAUGCUCCAGCCAGGAGGAACAGGAAGUUUUUGACUGGCUGGACUAACCAUUCCCAUGCAUGUCUUUUCUAACAUUACAAGGAAUGUUGUACUUGACUGCUUCUCAUGGAUCACAUCCCACAAGUACCACCAUUUUUCUUCCAAGGGUCUCCAGGUGGCCGUGCGAAAUAGGUCUUUGGGAUGCUCCCCAGCCACACCCCCUCUCCUCAGGCCCCGCCCCUCGGCUUGAAGGACAAGGCUACCAAUGGCCACUGAGCACAACAGCUGUGUCUUUCCUCUUCUGUUGGAGGCAGUGGAUCUCGGAAGAGCCACAGCCGGGAAUGGCGGGUUGGGAGAGACAAAGUCCUGCCCGCGGACUUCCCUUUGGAGCUCCUGGUUGGCCACUGUAAGAACAGGGUACUAGACUGGCGGUGCCUUCGACCUCAUCCUGCAGCCAGGCUAACUUUCCUACCGUCAUGCGGGACAUAAUUGAGAUUGAGAGCGAAUCCUGACAAGACAGAAGUACUGGUUUUGGGGGACAGACAGGUGUGGAAGACUCCCUGGUCUUGAAUGGGGCAACUGUGCCCCUGAAGGACCAGGUGUGCAGCCUGGGAGUCAUUUUGGACUCACAGCUUUCCAUGGAGGUGCAGGUCAAUUCUGUGUCCAGGGCGGCUGUCUACCAGCUCCAUCUGGUACACAGGCUGAGACCCUACCUGCCUGCAGACUGCCUCACCAGAGUGGUGCAUGCUCUGGUUAUCUCCCGCUUGGACUACUGCAAUGCGCUCUAUGUGGGGCUGCCUUUGAAGGUGCCCCGGAAACUACAACUAAUCCAGAACGUGGCAGCCAGACUGGUGACUGGAAGCGGCCACCGAGACCAUAUAACACUGGUCUUGAAAGACCUACAUUGGCUCCCAGUACGUUUCCGAGCACACUUCAAAGUGUUGGUGCUGACCUUGAAAGCCCUAAAUGGCCUCGGUCCAGUAUAUCUGAAGGAGUAUCUCCACCCCCAUCGUUCUACCCGGACACUGAGGUCCAGUACCGAGGGCCUUCUGGCGGUUCCCUCACUGCGAGAAGCCAAGUUGCAGGGAACCAGGCAGAGGGCCUUCUCGGUGGUGGCGCCCUCCCACCAGAUGUCAAAGAGAACAACAACUACCAUACUUUUAGAAGACAUCUGAAGGCAGCCCUGUUUAGGGAAGCUUUUAAUGUUUGAUGUAUCACAGUAUUUUAAUAUUUUUUUGGAAGCCGCCCAGAGUGGCUGGGGAAGCCCAGCCAGAUGGGCGGGGUAUAAAUAAAUUAUGAUUAUGAUUAUGCCUUUGUUUAGCUCUGAUGAAACAGAUUCCGAUUGCUUCCUUCUGCUUUUCUGCGGGCGGGCAGUUCGCACUCUCUUUCGGGUUAUAAGCUGUUUCGAGCACUCUUUAAACGUCACGCCUUAGGCUUGCAGCCUGCUCAGGGGUCUGUAAGGUGAAGGGUGGGCAAUCAAUAAUAAAAAUAAUAGUUAAUAAUAUUAUUGGGGGUGAGGCGAGGGGGGAAAGGAUCUCCCCAGGGGCUGGUGGGAGUUGUGCUUCAAAACAUCUUGUUGGGGGUGGAUAGCAGGGCUUAGACACAUCCCACAUGUGCCAUUCUCUUUGAUUCUACAGGGCUUUGCUUACUCUUGAGGAGUGAACAUCCUCGGCUCGGAUCAUCUCCACAGAAUAUCACAGGGGACACUGACUUCAGGUGAAUUGCCCUCCUUCAUUUUCUAUCUAGCGCGUGGGACCCUGUGGGUUUGGAAAAAAAACAUUCCAACAUUGCAGAGGGUUGUACUAGAUUUUCACUUUUCUAAAGGCUUAAAGGAUGGUUCUUAAUUUUCCUUAUUGAUAAUGUUCUUGUUUUCUCUUUUUGGCAAACCACUUUGACUGUGUUUUUUUUAAAAAACAGUCACGCGGCGUAUGAAUUUUAUGUAAUAAGUAAAAUAAAAGAAGUCAUCUUGGGAAUCCUGCUGUCUAAUCUCAAAACACAUCGCGGGAGAGAGCUGGUUGUGUUUGAACCAGGGGGAGGGCCUUCUCGGUAGUGGCACCCACCCUGUGGAACGCCCUCCCAUCAGAUGUCAAGGAAAUAAACAACUAUCUGACUUGUAGAAGACAUCUGAAGGCAGCCCUGUUUAGGGAAGUUUUUAAUGUUUGAUGUUUUAUCGUGUUUUUAAUAUUCUGUUGGGAGCCGCCCAGAGUGGCUGGGGAAACCCGGUCAGGUGGGCAGAGUAUAAAUAACAAGAUUGAUUGAUUGAUUGAUUGAUUGAUUGAUUGCAUCAGCAUAAUGCCCUAAUAGGUGAGCUUGGAUGCAUUUUCUCAAAACUCACUUUACUUUUUAUACAUAUGAGUUUACAAGAAUCCUUCUCUGCAAGCUAAGUGUUUUCCCAAGGUGAGUUUCCGUUCUCCACCAGCUAAGGUACUUUAAAAAUAAAAAUAGUGGACUAGUUUCUUGCAGCCCAUGAAACCAAACUGUAGUACAGUGGUACCUCGCAAGACGAAUGCCUCGCAAGACGAAAAACUCGUUCCACAAGACGAAUUUCCCUAUGGGCUUGCUUUGCAAGACGUUUCGUCUUGUGAGUUCUUGCGAGUUUGUUUCCUUUUUCUUAAAGCCGCUAAGCCGUUAAUAGCCGCUAAGCCGUUAAUAGCCGCUAAUAGCCGCUAAUAGCCGUGCUUCGCAAGACGAAAAAACUGCAAGACGAAGAGACUCGCGGAACAGAUUAAUUUCGUCUUGCGAGGCACCACUGUAUUUGCAUCAUUAUUAAUCACCCUCCCCUCGCUCAGAUUCCUCUUCCUCCGAGGAUGGCUUUGCAAGCCUAGCAGUUUAUUAGCUCCCUGAUGGAUCACCUUGAUUUAUUCUCUCGUUUUUUGCAGCGCACCGGGAAGGGCAAGCACCCGCAGGCCCACGAGGAAAGUUCAGAUGGCCAGCAACAACACCACCAGCAUAGCGCAAGCCAGGAAACUGGUAGAGCAGCUCAAAAUGGAGGCGAACAUUGACAGAAUAAAGGUAAGACCCUGCAAGCAAUUUCUUGGCUCAGACAGAUGGCUUAGGGCAGACAUAGGCAGCCUUCGGCCCUCCAUAUGUUUUGGCCUACAACUCCCAUGAUCCCUAGGGAAAUAUACUCGGAGUCGAGAGUGGAUUUCAUGCUCUUUAUUCAGCUCAUAGUGGUGAGAAGGAAUGAAUGUUCCCCCAAAAUAUCUGCUUUAUAUACAUUAUUUACACAAAUGAUUGGCUAAUUCCGGGAUUCUCCUGUAGGCCAAUCAGGUUGUGGAUUUACUUCCACCUGGAGCUGGAUUGGGUGGCUCCUGCGGAGCAAUCAUACUGCUGCAUUGUUCUAGGACCAAUCAGACUGCUGCAUUCUGAAUCCUAUUGUUCUAGGACCAAUCAGACUGCUGCAUUCUGAAUUCUAUUGUUCUAGGACCAAUCAGACUGCUGCAUUCUGGAUCCUAUUGUUCUAGGACCAAUCAGGCUGCUGCAUUCUGGAUCAUAUUGUUCUAGGACCAAUCAGACUGCUGCAUUCUGAAUCCUAUUGUUCUAGGACCAAUCAGGCUGCUGCAUUCUGGAUCAUAUUGUUCUAGAACCAAUCAGGCUGCUGCAUUCUGAAUCCUAUUGUUCUAGGACCAAUCAGGCUGCUGCAUUCUGAAUCCUAUUGUUCUAGGACCAAUCAGACUGCUGCAUUCUGAAUCCUAUUGUUCUAGGACCAAUCAGACUGCUGCAUUCUGAAUCCUAUUGUUCUAGGACCAAUCAGGCUGCUGCAUUCUGAAUCCUAUUGUUCUAGGACCAAUCAGACUGCUGCAUUCUGAAUCCUAUUGUUCUAGGACCAAUCAGGCUGCUGCAUUCUGAAUCCUAUUGUUCUAGGACCAAUCAGACUGCUGCAUUUUGGAUCAUAUUGUUCUAGAACCAAUCAGGCUGCUGCAUUCUGGAUCCUAUUCAACUCAGUAAAUAACACCUAGCUAACAGGACCAGUGGUCAGGGAUGAUGGGAACUGUAGUCUCAAACAUCUGGAGGGCCAAAGGUUGCCGAUGCCUGGCUUGGGGAAAGGGGAUGUUGUUGAUUUUUUUUGGAGCAGCUUUGGCCCUGCAGAAGUUCUUGGGACUACAACUCCCAUAAGCCCCAGCCAGCAUGGGGAUGGUGGGAGUUGGAGUCCGUGGAAUUGGACGAUUCAGGACAGCGCGUCAUUAAACGGUGGAACUCGCUGCCACAGGAGGCAGAGAUGGCCGCCAUCUUUGAUGGCUUUAAAAGACAACUAGCAAAAUUCAUGGAGGAGAGCGCGAUCAAGGGCUAUUACCCACAGUGGUUCUGCUCUGCAGAAAAUGAGAGCGGUCUUCUGUUCGAAUCCGGCCUGAGGGUUCCUCAUUGGGGCAUGUGUUCGGCCACUGUGAGAACAGGAAGCUGGGCUAGAUGGGCCUGAUCCACCAAGCUCAUCAUAUGUUCUUAUCUUAAGUAGACUGGCUAGAAUUUGCAACGAUAAAGCGACCCCACCCCCGCCAUCCAGGGAGAAAUCUGGGGUGUUGGGGUGUUGGACAAUCAGGAGUGGAUUUCUUUUGUGACAAGACCAUGAGCUCCCUUCAGCUCUGGUAAAAAAGUAAAGGUAAAGGGACCCCUGACCAUUAGGUCCAGUCAUGACCGACUCUGGGGUUGCGGUGCUCAUCUCGCUUUAUUGGCCGUGGGAGCCGGCGUACAGCUUCCGGGUCAUGUGGCCAGCAUGACUAAGCCACUUCUGGCGAACCAGAGCAGUGCACGGAAACGCUGUUUACCUUCCCGCCGGAGCAGUACAUAUUUAUCUACUUGCACUUUGACGUGCUUUCGAACUGCUAGGUUGGCAGGAGCAGCGACUGAGCAACGGGAGCUCACCCUGUCACGGGGAUUUGAACCGCUGACCUUCUGAUCGGCAAGCCCUAGGGCUCUGUGGUUUAACCCACAGUGCCACAAAUUCCUGGGCUCCGAAGUCUAUUCAUUUCAAGAGUAGAUCUUUUGUUCCUGGUUCUAGUUGGCGGAUAUCAGGAUUAAAAAAACAACAACACCAGAUCCUGCAAGCCUGGCGUCUGCCACCCGUGUCUUGGUAAAUGAAAUUUGGCCCAUGUGUGCCAGCAAAUCUUCUUUCUUCUUCUUUGGUGAUCCCUCGUAGCCAAAUAAGAUUGCCUUCCAUAAGCACGGUUUUAACAGUGAGUCCGUAAGCGACAGCGAUUCCACCGUUCAGGCACGCCCUCGAUUUACGAAUCCUCAAGCCAUUUCCAUUGCAUUGCCACGUUGUGGGAACUUGGCUUGGCUCGAGUUACCAUUUCCUAGCUGCAUUUUUCUGGUUGUUCUUUUGUUAAAUGGGGUAACCUACCCUGCUAUCCAUGGACAGAAAUUCAGAGAGCCUUUGUGUUAAAAUGUGCUAGAUGGCUGCGGCUUGCUGCUUUCUCCCUGCGUUACUGUGGCAACAGCAAGCAUCCUUCACCGUGGCUUGGCAUACUUAGAAAGGGGUCUCGGCCAGCCUUGCGUUAUCAAGGGGUUGCUUGCUAUUACACAAAAACACAUACGUUGCAGGCUGGACUUGGGUUUGGGAAAUUUCCCAAGGUGUACCUGGCGCAGACGAAGAACAUAGGAGAAAAUCCAUUCCAUUUGCCUUUAAAGGCAAACCUACCCAGCUCAGUUUCUGAAACCAUACCUGAGCCAAAACACAGCCGUCCUUUGAGAUUCACACUUUCUGAAUUUUGCAAUGUAGCUCUCCCGCCAACGAAUGUGUGCCAAAAUGCCUUAUUGUGGGGGGAACUGCAAAAUGACAUGUGCUGGACAAAAUUGCACAGCAAAAUUGGAUGUAGCGUGAAACAGGAGCACGAAAACGCUGAUAAUUUUUCAUGAGGGCUUCUUAAAAAGAAUCGGCAAACAGAUGUGGAAAUGUGAGGAAGUGAAGAUUGGAAAAAUAUGUAACGGAGAAGUUAGAAUGAAGAGAUUUGCCUAUCCCUUGUGUGUCUGUCUGUGUCUUCCCCACUGCAGAGAGUGGGGAUUUCAACGAAGGCAUAGUUUGCACAAUGCGGUUUUUUGAGAGAUCAGCUCCCUGAAUUUUGGUUUCCACUCUGGUUCAUUUGCAGGGGUGGGAGGGGAAAUGAGGCCGAGGCUAGCACGGCUCUGGGAAUUACGAAAUUUGGGUAAAAGAGGGAGAGUGGCAAGAUUCAUUUUGCCACUAGGAAGAGAGAAGGGGUGUUCCUUAUAUUGGGAGCUGAUCCAUUAGGGCAAAUGGGGCACAGCCCCACCCAGCCAGUAGAGUAGUGGCAAAUCCAAAAGGACAGGACCCCAUCAUGAUACCGUUGGAUCAAUCCAUCAACAUCUGAUGGAUGAUUUAGUAGGAUUGGGUCCGGCAUCACUUUCCCUGCCCGUGUGUGCCAGUAUCCAUGCUCAGCAGAGUUACAUCUCGACGCAGCUGCUGCCUUGGAAGUGUCUUCAAGGUUGAAGGUACACACAGUAGGCCAUAAACACUCAUGGAUGCCAUAAAGAUUCAGUCAAGUGCAGAAGUUUACUUGACAGGCAUAAAAGCAUAUUGGUAGCAAAUAUAUACAGUAAUAUUAAUAAUAAUUAGGGACGCGGGUGGCACUGUGGGUUAAACCACAGAGCCUAGGACCUGCAGAUCAGAAGGUCAGUGGUUCGAAUCCCCGCAAUGGGGUGAGCUCCCAUUGCUUGGUCCCUGCUCCUGCCAACCUAGCAGUUCAAAAGCACGUCAAAGUGCAAGUAGAUAAAUAGGUACCGCUCCGGCGGGAAGGUAAACGGCAUUUCUGUGCGCUGCUCUGGUUCACCAGAAGCAGCUUGGUCAUGCUGUCCACAUGGCCCUGAAGCUGUACGCUGGCUCCCUCGGCCAAUAAAGCGAGAUGAGCACCACAACCCCAGAGUCGGUCACGACUGUACCUAAUGGUCAGGGGUCCCUUUACCUUUACCUAAUAAUAAUAAUUAAUAAUAAAAUUAUUUAUACCCCACCCAUCUGGCUGAGUUUCCCCAGCCACUCUGGGCGGCUUUCAACAAAACACAAAAAUAUAAUAACCUAUUAAACAUUAAAAGCUUCCCUAAACAGGGCUGCCUUCAGAUGUCUUCUAAAAGUUUGGUAGUUAUUUUUCUCUUUGACAUCUGGUGGGAGGGCGUUCCACAGGGCGGGUGCCGCCACCAAGAAGGCCCUCUGUCUGGUUCCCUGUAACUUGGCUUCUCGCAGUGAGGGAACCGCCAGAAGGCCCUUGGAGCUGGACCUCAGUGUCCGGGCAGAACGAUGGGGGUGGAGACGCUCCUUCAGAUCUACUGGGCUGAGACCGUUUAGGGCUUUAAAGGUCAGCACCAACACUUUGAAUUGUGCUUGGGAACGACAUGGGAGCCAAUGCAGGUCUUUCAAGACCGGUGUUAUGUGGUCCCGGCGGCCUCUCCCAGUCACCAGUCUAGCUGCCGGAUUUAUUGCAGUUUCCGGGUCACCUUGAAAGGUAGCUUAGAGUCCAACAAGACUCCAAGACUCACUCAUUCUCUGCUUCCCUCACCGCAAGGCUCAAGCAAGAGACUCACAACAAGUUACAAGUUGCACAGAACCUUUGUUAUCAGUACUUCCUGCGACACUGCACAUGUCCAAAGUACAGUUCCCACAAAAAAUGUCAUUUCAUAGACCAAACAAUCUUGACCUUCUGCUUCUUUGUUUGUGGAACAAAUGAUUCUCACACACACAGAGAGAAUACCCAACAGAUACUCACAACCACGGCUUCUCACAGCCACCGCUGUGAGAUUACGCAAUAAGAACAUAAAAAUAACCUGCUGGAUCUGCCCAACGGCCCAUCUAGUCCAGAUCCUGUUCUCACAGUGACGAACCAGAUGCACGUGCGAAACCCGCAAGCAGGACCUGAGGACAAGAACCCUCUUCCCUCCUGAGUCUGAGAUUGUGGAGGCAGAGAAUAGCCCUCUCCUCCAUGAUCAUGUCUGAUCCUCUUUUAAAGCCAUCAAAGUUGAUGGCCAUCACUGCCUCCUGACAGGAAAAGGUCAAAUUUUUGCUUUUCCGGGAGGUCAGCAAGCCUCACCAGCAGGGGAUCAAUGGUCACACUAUGUGCCUCUUCAUAAAAGGGACACCUAAAGAACAAGUGCUCUGGGCUUCCUAUCUCCCCCAAUAAACAGGCGCAAAAUCUCUGAGCAUAUGGGACUUUUUAAAAAAGGAUCCUUCCAGGACCAGCGAGGGCAGAGCCAAGCUUCUGGCAAGUGUAAAAGCCCUUCUUGCAUUUUUGGAUACGAGAAAGAAGAGAUAUGCUCGCUAUAUAUCUCUCGAUUUCUCCAAUUUUAUAGUCAGGGCACCUUGAGCAGUCCUGUUGUCUCUCGGUGUCUAUGAUUCUUUGCUGCAGGAGGGUAGAUUUCUGUUGCAGUUGGAGGAAAACUCACAUUGACUUUGUGCAAGUUGAGAGUCCAUUAAUAUCUAGAGACGUUCGUACCUACGGAACUGCCUCUCCCGGUAUGCCCCACGGAGAGCCUCAAGGUCCAUAAAUAGCAACACCCUAGUGGCCCCAGGCCCUAAGGAAGUCAGAUUAGCCUCAACCAGAGCCAGGGCCUUUUCAACACUGGCCCCAGCCUGGUGGAACGCUCUGCCUCAUGAGACCAGGGCCCUACAGGAUCUGAUUUCUUUCCGCAGGGCCUGUAAGACAGAGCUGUUCUGCCUGGCCUCUGGCUUGGAGCCAAUUUGAUUCCCUCCCUCUUUCUUUUUUCUUUUCCUUUCUCCUCCUGCGAUGAGGCUACAUUUUAAUAUUUUAAUGUUUUAAUGUUGUAUUUUAAUUUUGUUUUUAAGUUGUAUUCAUUCAACUUGUUUUUAUUAUUGCUUGUUAGCCGCCCUGAGCCCAGCCUUGGCUGGGGAGGGCGGGGUAUAAAUAAAAAUUUAUUAUUAUUAUUAUUAUUAUUAUUAUUAUUAUUAUUAUUAUUAGAGGGUUUCAGGUCUCCAUCUUCUGCCUCCGUGGGCUUCCUUGCCCAAGUAGCUGCUCUUUGAGAACUGCUUUCCGGGGAACUUGACCUCCUCUCUCUCUCCUCCCAGGUGUCGAAAGCCGCCGCAGACCUGAUGGCGUACUGCGAAGCCCACGCCAAAGAAGACCCUCUAUUGACUCCCGUCCCUGCUUCAGAAAACCCCUUUAGAGAGAAGAAGUUUUUCUGCGCCAUUCUGUAAACCUCACAGGAGCCUGUGACCCCAAUUUGGGCCGCCCUGGACACUGAUGUAGAGAUUUUUUCAGCAACGUGGACGUGUUUCCAGAGUCCACCCAAUUUAAAACAUAAAAUCAAAAUGGCCUGGAAGUUUACAGAGAAGUGCAUGAUCAAAAAAAAAAAGAAAACGGCUGCCUUCUUGGGAGAAUGGAAUGGUGAUGUUGCUCUACGUUACGAGGCUAAAGAUCUUGACAUCUGCAGAGUUGUCUGGAGAGGGAGGGGGGAAUGUGUAAAAGAGUAAAAUUGAUGUCCACUUACGCUCUUGCCAGACAAAAACCCUUUUGUCUUUUUCUUUCCAAAAAAAAAGAGGGUUGCGCAGAGCGUGGUUGAAAAGGGUUGUGUAUCUGUGUGUGUAUGUACAUAAUAUCCUUAUUCCUUUUUUGUGUCCCCCCCCCCAAAAAAAAUGUCACUCAGUUAUUUAUGUUGAAUCGUAAAAUUAUCGCAGCAGGUUAGAUUUAUUCCGAUGUUCCUUAGCAUUUGGGUCUUGUGUGUAUGUAGCAUUUUUAGAGUAGCGCCGCGCGAGGGGGACAGGGGCCCAGAAUUGCAGUUGCUGUUCAGCCUCGGCCAAUUUUGUUCUUUUCAAAGGAUUUAACUAAGGAUGUGCCAUAGCUUCGGAAGGGCCUGGGAGGCCGCCGUGUACAUUCCCGACGUAGUUACUAUCACUGUUUUUCUAACACUUGUAUUUGGUAGCUUUUUUUUUUUUUUUUGUUCUGCAAGUAAAAACUGUAUGUUGUGAUUGAUGGGGCAUUUUGACUCGUCCUUUU